UCUGCUUUAGAGUGUCUUUAUUAUUUUAUUAGACACGUCAAAGACCCAAGACCACUUUCGGGCGUCAUGUUGUCGUGAGUUUAAUGGUACUGUUUUCCCAGAGCAGACACCACCACAGCCAGAAAUUUCUGGAAGCUGGCCUGAACAUCAGGUGUGAAGUCACUUUUCAUGAGGGAGGCGAUUUCAAUGGCCAAACAGUCAGACAGCAGCUGUAGAAUAAAAAGAGAAAAAUUAACUUAAUGUAUCCAUUUAUAAUAUGCAGUCUUAAGACAGCUUGGCUUUGCUUAGCAGUAUAAACUGUAAUUUAUGACAUGAAACCAUGACUUUUCUAAUCUUUUUCUAGAUAUAUGUAUACGCCACUAUCCGUGUAAAAUCGACAUUUUGAAUGAUUUGUCUCAAUGAGAGACAAAGGAAUGUGACCAUUAAGUAGGAUAAAAUUAAAAAGUUUACUUUGAAGUUGUCGGGGUCCACGUGCAGCUUCUCGGAGUGCAGCACGCUCAGCUUGGCAUAGGUGGCCUUGAUGCAGUCCAUGUUCUUCAGAGCCAGGUCGAGACCGUGCAGCACCACGAUGCCAUGCUUUGCGAUUUUGUCGUUUUUCUGGAUGGCUUCAGCGUUGUGAGUGGCACCGAAGUCACCAAAAUACUUCAGGCACCAGGGGUAGACGAUCAGACACCUGGAGAAGAAAAAGAGUAAUAACAUUUAGAGAGUCAUUCACAGCUAUUAGUUUAUUGCUCUCAGGUUUCACUACCGAUGAGUCACGUACCUUCGCAGUGCCUUGGGGCCGAUGUCGUCAUAAUUCAGGCUGCCAAAGAUUUUGUUGAUGGUGCUACGCUCCUGCUCAGUCCACUCAACCAUGGUGACUUUUUUUAUUUCAGGCUUCAAAACAAAAGUCUGGAUGCUUGUGUUGCUUGACCCCUCUAUUUAAAUAUCACAUAUUACACUCUCAUCUGAGGGAGCGUGGGCUGUGAUAGGCUGGAGAUGAGGAGUGUUCGAUAAAACGGAAACUCCCUCUCAUUUUUAUCGAUGUAUUACAGAUCUACAACUAACGCCAAAAAUUGGUUCCGAGCCAGUUAAGUUUGGCAGAGUGAGCAUUUUUUUUUUUUUUUGCAAAAGUACUCUAUCACACGAACUGCACAUAUUCUCGAGGCAAGAUAUUAAAACUACUAGAAAAUAAAUCAAGUAGAGAAAGAAAUUGAACACUACGGGUUGCGAUCGUUGGUGGAAUAAAUAAUUCAUCUUAAGAGACUGCCCUUGUUAAAGGUUACCAACAGCAGCACCGAGCCAUGUUAGCUUUGAAUAGUUUUCUUUAAUCCUAUGAUGAGGUAUGAAAAAGUUACGCUACAUUGAACAAUCAAGAUGUUGAUUACAAUUUUUCUUUUAAACUUUAUUUAUUUAUUAUGCUUGCGUCUUCCCAAAUUAAGACUAACCCCCAGUGUAACAACGUGCGGUGCGUAAUUACGCACGUAUUUGCCAAAAAGAGAGACAGACAGAAAGAAAAUCGCGGACAAGAAGAAACUUUGCUUCAGCGUUCCUUUAUUUUUUGUUGAGGAGAGAAAGAAAAAAGCCCCCGGCCUCCUUUUGCUGUCAUGAUGUAGCAGGCUUAGUGGUACUGCCUUCCCAGAGCAGCCACCACAACGGCCAGAAACUUCUGGAAGGUGGCCUGAAUCUCAGGGGUGAAGGCAGAUCCCAUUUUGGCAGCAACGACAAUGCUCAGGCAGUCAGACAGCAGCUAGAGAGGAAAAAACAGAGAAUAAUAUUAUUUUCUACCAUGUGUCGUAUUUCAAUGUCCUUUUUACGUUUCUUUGAGUCAAUAUAGUGACAUGGAAGUCUGCAUAAUACGUCCUGCUGCAGGCCAAUAUACAAACGUACUUAUUACAUAAAUUGAUGUGAUGUUUGUGUAUAUUUUGGGACUUCGUGUGCGGAGGUGUGUGCACGUUAUUUCUUCUGGGUGCGCUGAAAGAAAAGUAAAAAGUGUACUUUGAAGUUGUCGGGGUCCACGUGCAGCUUCUCGGAGUGCAGCGUGCUCAGCUCCGCAUAGGUGGCCUUGAUGUCGUCCAUGUUCUUCAGAGCCCGGUCCAGACCGUGCAGCACCUUGAUGCCAUGGGCUGCGAUGUUCGGGUUGCUUUUGAUAGCUUCAGCAUUGUAAAGGUUGCCGAAGGCGCCGAAAUACCUCUGAGUCCAUGGGUAGACGAUCAGGCACCUGCAGGGGGAGGAAAAUAAAACUCCUUGUUAAUACAUAGGCCUAUUAUUAACAGUUAAUUCUAUGUCUUCCGGCAACGUGCCCUUUACCUGCACAAAGCCUUGGGACCGAUGUCGUCAUAGUCCAGGUUGCCGAAGAUUCCGCUGAUGAUGCUGCGCUCUUGCUCAGUCCACUCAACCAUGUUGUCUCUUGUUUACUGUGUUCAGGCUUUGGAGAAGAACUGAAUACUUUCAAAACGCUGCCCCGGAGUUUUUAUGUGUUUUAGAGAGACCCCCGCCCUUGAUAAGGGUCUGAGUGGGGGUCUCUAAAAAUCGAUAUCCCCACUCAAAAAGUUGUCACAUUUCUUAGAUGUUUCUUGAUUUAAUUCGCAAAAAUGACAAAGUUUGAAGGGGCCUUUCAUGUCCAUUUGAAAUUGGCAAAUAGUCAAACUGUUUCAAGCCUCUCUUAUUUCUUGAUCUUUUUCUUAAUUUAUCAAUAAUUCUGACAUUCAUCAUAUUGUUAUCAGCCUAAAUUUGAAAAGGCUUUGGUUUCAGCAUCCGGAAUCAAAACUCAACAUUUUUUUUCAGUGACGUCUAUUUUUGCAUUCAUCCAUUUUUAAUGUGAAAUUAAUGCAUUUUAUAUCAUAUCUCUAUGUCGUUCCAGUCAAAAUGAACCUUAAUUGUUAAAAGGUUAAUGGAAAGAAUGUUUUAGCAAAUAGAAAAAAGCAGGAAACAAUUUUUUAGGCCUCCGUGUGACCCGUACAUAAAUAUGUAUUUUGAUAUUUCACUAUUCGCUAUCAUUGAUCUUGCUUGGGAGCAGCCAUGACUGUGUCAUGCCAUAGUAUUAUCUGUACAAGCACACUGGUGUUAUCGUGAGCAGCGCCCCCUCCACCCAUGCACGAGCUGCCAAAGUGUCAUAUUUUGAUCGAGUGGAAGCUUAGUGCUGUUGAUAAAGGGGGUGUGUGAAGUCCCCCUUUUGAUAGGCAACAAAUCAAGCCAAAUUGUGCAACUAUCAAAAUGUAAAUGCUAAAUGUACAUGAAUUAAGAAAUAUUUUUCUUUUACCUGACCUGACCUUAUCCAACAAAAUGAGGUGCACCCCAGCGUUUAUGUGUGCGUCAUUGUGUGUGUGUGUGUGUGUGUGUGUGUGUGUGUGUAUAUAUAUAUAUAUAUAUAUAUAUAUAUAUAUAUAUAUAUAUAUAUAUAUAGAUUAUUUUGAUAAGUUUAAUUAUUUUGACAAGUUUAAUAUGCAUUCUUUUUGCACAGCACCUCAUUGGUCUUGUAUUUAAAAACUAUCACAUUUUUCUCAAAUAUUCUGUUUUUUCUGCUUUUCAUUUUUUCUUUACUUUCUUUUUUACUUAGGUUGCCUUUGUCUUGAUGUUUUGAUGUCUUGUAUGAAGCACACUGAAGUUCAAUAUGCUGUUAAAUUGCCUUGGUUAAUAUCUCAUUUGACUUUCAUGCUGCCAAAAUAGUUGAAUAUUAAUCAAAUAAACUGUUUCCAAAACUGAGUUUAUGUCUUUUACUUAUGUUAGCGCGGCAGGUGGAUGUAGGUAAACUAAUUAGCAUUGGCAUGGGCUUGCUACAAAUCGAUAUGGUAUUUCAGAACCUGAAGCCGUGGCUUGGGCGUAAAUUUCCACAGGACAGUGGCGCCCAACUUGUGCCCCUGCCUGAGGCGUGACCCUCGAUGACCUCUGCUUUUUUAGAAAAUUUCCGUGUCACCCCUUCGGAAUCCUGACAAUGCAAAAUUUUUUGGGACUCAUCCAUCAAAAAUAUUUCUGCCAGCAGCCGCCCACACUGCGCGCAGCAGAUAGUUUUUUAUCAGACGCCGAUCUGCGUCAGUCAGUACGCCUUGGCAUCUCCUCUGGUGGGUGUGACUCUCCAGCCACUGAAUUUAAGUGGAGGCCCGCACUAGCCUGAGAUCACUAUCCGACUCAGGUAGACACUCAAUCAGCCGACAUGAGUUUGACCGACAAAGACAAGGCCGCAGUCAAGGCACUGUGGGCCAAAAUUUCCAAAUCCGCAGAUGCCAUUGGCGCUGACGCCCUGGGACGGUAAGUGUGGCAUUUAUUAUUCACUAUUUUUGUGACAGUUCUUCUGUAGAGUUGGUCUCGGGCAUGCAUUCACUCUUUUUAAAGAGUUUGUGGUAUUUGGAGAAAGUGCAGGAUGAGGAGUGAUCAGUGACUGCAGCAUAAUCUCAGCUCCAACCCGAGAUGGUGUCUCGCUCAGGCGCAACUCAUUUUAAUCCAAUUGGUUUCUAAGGAGCAGGAGAGAACAGUCAAAAAAGUUUUGGUAUCACUAUUGCAAAGCGCUCAAACACUGCUCAGCAUAGAUAUGCUUUUUAUAAACUUCGAUUUGACGUGGAAUUUGUUUGGGAGGCACUUCUCCCCCAGAUAAAAGUUGUCAUAUCUUGGCUAAAUACAGUUUAAAUUGUACCCUGCUAAGAGGGUAUACAAUGGAGCCCACCAAGUGUCGCUAAGCAACGAAAAUAAAGACCAACCACUUAGAUUAAUUCUAAGACAACUGAGCCUUGUUUUAUUUAAUAAGAUUCACGUUGUCUCCACCUCCGCAGACUGCUGUGCGUCUAUCCCCAAACCAAGAUCUACUUCUCCCACUGGGGCGACUUGAGCUACAACUCCGGCCCCGUGAAGACCCAUGGGAAGAAGGUGAUGGGUGGAAUUGCUCUUGCCAUUUCCAGGAUCGAUGACAUGACCAAUGGAUUGCUGGAACUGAGCGAGCAGCAUGCCUUCAAGCUGAGAGUGGACCCGGCCAACUUCAAGGUGAGACUCUGACAUCUCGCAGGAGCCCACGCACCUUAGUCAUAACAACAGAAAUGUGUAUAACAACAACAACAAGAUCUAUCGGUCACUGUCAAACUAUGCGUAUUUGUUCGCCGGGUUUACGCACAAACGCUGUCAAGCCACUACAAUGCAAAUGAUGAAAUAACUUGAUAAGACUCUUUCAAUGUAUGGCGUGUAUUUCGAUAGUAAUGGUUUUCUCUGUUCUCCGCAGCUCCUGGCCCACUGCAUCCAGGUGGUGAUUGCCUCCAUGUUCCCAAAUGACUUCCCCCCCGAGGUCCACGUUUGUAUGGACAAGUUCUUGGCCAACCUGGCUCUUGCUCUCGCUGAGAGAUACCGCUAAGAGGCCAGCAGCGUGGGAUGCGGUCUGAUGCGGGAAUUUUUCAAUGUACUUGAGAAAAAGAAAUAAAGAUAUAUUUGCAUGCCGCUCAGAAGUCAUACUACAACUGUCUCCUGUUUUUGUGUUUUAUGCAUAGUAUGGAAUCUAACGUCAGACAUUUUAAACGAUCAGAAAACAAACGAGUGACCCUUGUAUGUUACAUCUUUAUUCCAUGAAAAAGUCUCCACCAAUAUCCUUAAUCAUUUGAUAGCCUUGAUCCUAUGCUAAGGCAUGAAUCAAAAGCAUUUGCCUGCAUUGAUACAAGGUUUCAGUUCAUUAACGCACUUUGCAAUAAAACACACAAAUCUCAUGUUUUCAUGACGAUCCGUAACCUUUCAUCACCGAGAAUGAGCCUGAAACAAAAAGGAAACAUUGUCAACUUCGUUCGUUUUUUUGUUUUUUUUAAAACUUAUUUUAAUUCAAUAUAUAAAUAUUUAUUUCAUUCAAGGGUCUUACCUUAGGAGGGCAGCAGCUACCACACCUCCUCCCACAGGUCCCACCCAGUAAACCCAGUGAUAGGUCCAGUAGUUCGUCAUCACUGCCGGACCAAAGGCCCUGGCAGGAUUCAGACAUGUUCCUGAUAUGUCUCCUCUAAACAAAAGUAUUAAAAUUCAGCAUCAGACUUCAUCAAAUAUUGAAAUUAAAGAAUUGUUAUAUGUAAACAAACCACCAUUUUAACUUUGAUACCAGCAACAUAUCACCAAAAAGGUAAGGCAGGUGCAUUUGUUCUAUUUUGUUGCAUUACUUUUUAACACAUAUAGUGAAAGUUUGGAAAUGAAGGAGACCAUGUGCAGGUUUAAUGUAUUUUUCAUUCCACUGGGUGAAAAAUUGGGACUUCAGGCAGGCCAGUUGGCACCUAGACUCUUCUACUACUCUUCUAUUGCUAUGUUGCACUGCAGAAUAUGGUGAGGCAUCAUCCUGCUGAAAUAUAGGAGGCCUUCCCCCAGAAAAAGCAUUAUCUGUUGCUUCAAAGUCUGUAUGAAUUGUUCGGCAUAAGUAGCUAAUUCCACCCCAAAUGUGUAAGCCCAUCACCUGCUGCUGGCUUUUGAACUAAGCACUAUUGAUAAGGUGGCACCUCUCCUCUUUGUGUCCAGGACUUCCAAAAAGUGUCGUCUGCAAACUCUAAACCUUUACUUUUUUACACCCGGUCAUGUUGCUAACCUGCAAUAAACCUGAGGGAAGAUGUUCCUCAGGAAUUUUCUGUGUUUUGUUAUCACUGCACUUUUUGAAACAUGACAUUAGAUUUAGAUUACGCAUGUAUUUUUUUAUACAACAAUAAAAUUUUCCAGUUUCCAAUUUACUUGAAAUUUUGUCUCUACACUUUUUUCAAUCAUAGGAUCUUUUUAAAAUCAUUUUAUUUUCGGGCAUUCAAUACAGUCUGAGAGAAAUUAAGAAGCCCCCCGAAUUAAUGUAUAACCUUAAAGCUCCUGUCAGGAACUGAGUUGAAUUUGAUACCCCUAUGGAAAAAGCAGGAGGAUUUGUCCCUCAACCAGCUUCCAGUAUUUUUCAAAAGUGGAGUGAACUAUUUUUGUAUUUUUUUUUAACAUUACAUUAAGAUAAAUAAUUGUUAAAAUUUUCUUUUUAAUUAAUGCAAAAAAAUGUAUUAAAGAUAACGUCAUGGUCAAAUUUAAAUGUAAAAUAUAGAUAUAGAUAUUAGAUAUCACUCUGUUUGUUUAAUAAUCACUCUGUGUUAAAUAUUGAAUACAAAUGUUGAAUAACCAUCUAUAAUAUAUGCUGAGUGUUGAAUAUUAAUAUUAAAUAUAAAUGUUGGAGUUUUAAUUAAAAGUCUGUUCUUUUGUAGUUCUGUGUAGUGGGCUCUUGUAGCUUAUGUAUAGCCAAUAUGAAGAUAUUAAGUAGAAGAGAAAGUAUCUGUUUUUAAUUUUGGAAACUGCUGUUAUGGCGUAGAUGUCUGAAAGAGAUGAUUGAGACCUUUAUUGUCCUUUCUAUGGCAAAGAUUCCAAGCAAGUAACGCAUCUGUUAGCUAAAAGACUUCAAAAAGUCAAAAAAACACAACAACACAAUAAAUCCACUAAGAGAUGAGAUAGAACACUUUGUCCACAGAGUGGCGCCAGACAAAGAAAAAGUAAUUUUUAAGGGCAUUUAACAUUUCUAGGGCAAGUGAGCUGCCUUCAAAUAGCAGCCUGUUCAAGCAUUAUAAGAUACAUGGUUACCCCUUCUUUAUCUUACCCCGCCAGGAUAUUAAUGAUGACAGUGCAGCCCACGAGGAAAGGGGCCAACGGGGUUUUGGUCUUGUGGUUUACUGCCACCAGCAGCACCACCAUGGUGACUAAGCAGGUCAUAGCCACCUCCCCAAAGACAGCGCCUGCCAGCUGACUGUCUGACUUGAGUAUAUCAAACGCUGCUCCUGUGGCGUUGAUGUAACGUUCUGCAGGGGUCAUCAUCUGUGAGGUAGAAGUUGUGAUGAGCUUGAUUUUAAUAUCAGAGAUUAGAUUAACAUGGUUUAUUUCAUUGUAAGAAAGCCCUAAUUUUCUUCACAGGAAUAAGACAGGGAUUAUUUAACAUCACCUGCAUGAGUUUAACCUAACUAAACCCAACCUAAAUUAUUAAAACUGAACUUACAUGGCCCAGAGUACCGUAUCCCAUGAUAUCCUUACAUGUCAUAACGUGAUGCAACAUGAAACAAUGCAAAGCAACAUAGUUGUAAAAUUACAUUUUAAAUGGCCUGACUGAACAGAUGUAAUCAAAUCAGAUGUGACACAAUGUAACAUAUCCCAUUAAAUAACAUAAUGCAAAGGUAAGUAUGUGACAAAGUGUAAUGUAACAAAAUGUACCAAAGCAUAGCAUAUGAUGUAUCAUAACCUUAUGUAACAUAAUGUACCAUAACGUAAUGUAACGUGACAAACAUAUUAAACAUUUAAAAACAUAACAUAGAAAAAAAGUAACAAAAAACGACUAAACAAAAAGUAAUAUGUUGUGAUGUGACCAAGGUAAAUGCAGCCUUAUAUUAUUUCCACCUUACCGAACAUAAUGAAACCAAAGUCAUACAAAUCUAUGUAAACUGAUAUAACAUUGACCUGUUACAAAACAUAUAACAAUAAACUGUACAUAACACAUCACAUGUAAUAUAUAGAAAUGUAGCAUAGCGUCAAGUCACCAGAUGUGCAAUCUAUGAAAUCAUAGUGUAUAGUUGAAAUGACAUGACUUUUUUUGCCCCUACAGGACACAAUGAGAUGUGGCUUUGACGUAAUGUAACGUAACGUAACAUAACGUAACAUACCUGGCUAAAGUUCUUUUUAAUAACUUUAACUUAGCCACAUGACCCCUUUAGAAUAAACUCUGAUAAUGUAACUAAACCUUCGUUUAACUGUAAAUAACAUCAUGAAACCAUCUCGGUGUGAACUAACAGGAUGUCAAACAUUCAUCACUACAGAAUUUUUGCAGUUUACUUUUUACUGACUUUGGCCAUUCCAGCCCCCAGCACUCCUCCAGUCAACUGGCUGACAAGGUAGGGUACCACCAGUGAUGGCUCCAUGCCACCACACAGGUAGAUGGCAAUAGUAAAUGGUGGGUUAAAAUGGGAGCCGCUUGAGGAAGAGAAACAGUGUAAAAAAUCUUAGAUCAAAUGGAAAAGUACACAUUUUUUCAUAAGUAAAUUGAUAAAUAGUAUGACAAAAAAGAACAAAACAAGUAGGAAAAAAAGCCUUUUCACUGAGCAUCUGUAUCUAGGUCAUUAAUCUCUCACAUGAAUUACCUUAUCUUAUCCAUGGCGGCCACCAUCACUGCAACAGCCAGUCCAUGUACCAAAGCUGGCUGCAAGCGUCCAGCUGCAGGCACAUUCUCGAUGACUGACACGCAGCCAAUGAAAACAAAAAACAUGGUCCCCACGAUCUCAGCUAAGCAGGGCUGGAACACCCUCUCAUAUUUGUUUGGUGGUUUGGGUGCAGGUGGCUUUCUUCCUGUCUCCAUCAGUUUAGAGUCUAAGUUUUCCAUUUCUAUUUUCUCAACUCCCAUGUCACCUGUGUGAAUGUCUUACUAGACGAGCUUUCUGUUCCAAGGUAAUUCCCACAGAGCAUCCACUCCACUGCACCUGCACGACUGAUUCUCCGUUCCUGCAAGUUGUUUUGGCCAUUCGUAUUUAUCACUCUCACCUGUAACGAUGAACUAGAAUUGCUUCACAGCGUCAUAAAAACAUCAAAGGUGAAGGAUUUCCCGUGAUUCCUUGUGGCCACAUAAUCUCCGCCCCAACAUCCUCACAGCUCAUGUUUGGAUCAAUUAGACCAGGCAAUCUAGUUCUUGAAGGCCACACCAAGAUGUAUGAUCAGUGCUGUUAACCUUGGUCAGUGAGGUUGGAUAGGUUCGAGGGGUUCAAGAAGUGCACAAUCUGGUUCACAUGCAUUCCUGUAGUGAGCAACAUUAGCUUUCAAACAUAUAGAUAAGACCUAGGUUGAAGGACAAUAAUCUUUAUGGUUUAGUGCCUUCAUGUUAAACUACACUGUCAACAAUUAUUCCCAUCACAUUUUACUGAAUAGGCUCAGAGUCAGGGUUAUCAAACUCAAUACUGUUAGUUUUGACAUUCAAAUAAUGAAGUACAUUUGAAUUUGACAGUGUGACGACUACUUCUCUAAGGGAAAUAUUGUACUUUGAGCUCUGGUUUAUCUAAGUGGUUAGGACAUGAACCCCACAAUAACUUUGUUUUGUCUCCACACUGGAUCCCUUGCUGCUUAUCAACCUUUAUUCUUUCUUCCAUGCACUUUAUAUCUCUCCUCAGUUCAGCCACUAAAGCAGAAAAAGACCCCUAAAAUUCUUCUUACAUACCAUCUGUUCUUAAAUAUUUUUUUUUCUCAGUGAAAUAGAAAACGGUUAGAGCUGUCCACCACUUUGGCAUCCUGUUAUGUUUAUUUCAUAGUCAAAGUUUCAAUGUCAGAUUAAUAGUAAUUGAAAGCACCAUUAACUCCCUUUGUUUUGCUUGCUUGUAUGUGGCCUGAGAUACAAGUGUUUAUAUCUGUUCAUUUAUAGUUUCCAUGUUGCGGUGGAUAUAAGGCCGCCGUAAAUGAUUUGUACCCAGUUUUAUUGUAUAGUGUGGUGUCUUGUGUGUUAUUUUCAAGUAAUAAAGCUAUCAACGGUCCCUGUAAAGGACUUUGACCAAAACAAUGAAAGUGAACAGACUACAGAAAGUGUCAUAAUUUUUUAAAUGGAAUUUUAUGUAUGUAAACCAUGACAAAAUCUUAUAUAAUCUUUAUAUUUCUUUAUCAAAAACACAUGACUAUAUGACAAUCUUUUUAAAAAAAUACUUCUAAAAAUCAUUUUACAGAUAUGACAGUGAGUAGGAACUAUCAUAAGAUCUAGCUGAUCUCAUGGAAAAUAUAUUGUUGGUAAAUUAAUUAAAAUCCAGGUCAAAAAAAAAAAGGUAGUAAUGUGUCAACUGAAGGUUGUUUGUUUGUCUUCUUCAAAUAAAUAAGGCAUUCACUUCAACACAAGUCUCGUCUUCUGGUCACCAAACAACAACCUGCAAAAAAAAUUAAAACACCUUUAAUUAUGAUUUAAUGGCAUAUUGACAAUGUACAUUGAUCAUUAAACAAGCCUAUGAGCUGCAGGCAUACCGUGCCUUUAAAUUCCUUUCAUAAUUUGACACCACUGGCAAAAAGCUACAUGACACAAGUGACCAAUGAAGACCUAAAAUCUGUGAUAAAAAAAACUCCCAAAUAACCCACUUAAAGCUCCUGUGAUUAUUUUUUUUUUUACUUUAAGGAAGACAGGAUUGAUGUUUCUUAUAUCACAAUUUCUCAUUUCCAAAAUUGGUGUGAGCUAUGUAGCUGAAGAAACAACCCUGAUUCACAAAUAUUCAAAACUAAUAUGAAUUAAAAGUCAGCAAAAUUAAUUUUUUUUUAAGGAUGUAGAAGAGACUGUUUUCUCCACAGGGGGCGCCAACACUGAAACAAACUGAAAGUUCCUCACAGGAGCUUUAACAAUGGCGCAUGAGUCACAACGCUCUAUGGAGAGAUUUAAAACAAACAAACAAAAAAACUCACUAUGCUGUCUUUUAAUGAUCAAAUAUAUCAUUUAGUGUAAAUAUUUAAUGUUAAAAGUAAAAAGGGGGCUUCUCCUUCAACUGUUUAGCUGACACCUACCCCCUCACACCAAUGUCAGACAUAAGAAAUUACAGCAAAUAAAUUGUUAAUCUCAUCCUUUACAGUCUUUUUUUGCUUUUAAAUCUUAUAAAAAGGCAUCAAUUUGAAUUUCAGUCUAUUUAAUAAACAUAAAAAACUCCUAACUGGACCUUUAAGUUUCAAAAUAAAAACAAAGAGAUGUUGAAAAAAUAUAGAAAAUUUAAAAACUACAGACACAAAUAGCUUCAAAGGGACACCGACUGACUACAAAGAGUUACAAAACAACCACAAAAACAGUUGAGUUGACUUUUUCGAGUGUAGUCAGGUCAAGGGGUAUGAUUUUAUGUAAUGCACUUCACACGGCCCCGCUGAGGAUUACACUUAAUAAGUCAUCCAUGGUUAAGAAUCAUUUUGAGUCCAACUGACUUAUUGAACAGGCCAAAAAAGUUCACCACUUCUAAACAUCACUGCUCCACGGGGCCCCCUGUGGUCAAAAACUUCAAUUUAUUCCCCUAACAUUUAACAAUCAUCCUUUUACAUAUAACCAAUAGGGAUUUUAUUGGUUUAGACACGCUAAAAGGUUUCAGUGAGAGUGGAAAUGUGUGGCAAAGCUAAAGCUGAUCUGGACUGUACACACCUGAUGAAGCUGGCGGUGACCAGUGCUCCACAAAAAGGUCCAACCCAGUAGAUCCAGUGAUGGCUCCAGUGAUUAGCAACCACUGCAGGGCCAAAGGCUCGGGCAGGGUUCAUACAAGCUCCGGAUAUCAUUGCCCUAAAACAACAAAGAGCAGAUAGUUCAGUCCAGUGAUGCUACACUUCAAAACUUGUUUUUGAUAAUCAUGCAGGACCAGACAGCCUAAAUAUUCAGGGAUGAGUGGGUUUAGUUAACCAGAUCAUUGCUCAUCAGCACCAGAAUCAAUAGUUGUUUCAAAAAAUGACUUCCAGUUUGAGUUAACUUUAGCAUCUUUAGUGGAUAGUCAUUCCAUUUUUUUUUCUCCCUGUUGAAUCUCUUACCCAGCAAAUAUGUUGGCUGUCACAGUGAGGCCGAUGCAGAAAGGAGCCCAGGGCGAGCUGGUUUUUGUGUUGAUGGCCCCCAUGCACACCACAGUGGUGAGAAAAGUCGUCAUUAUCACCUCUGCCAGAGUUGUUUCAGCAAGAGCAUUGGGGGUCACACCGAAGGCACCGCCGAGGGAAGCAGUGUACACACCAGAGGGGUAAAUUGCCUGGAAGUAUAACCCACUGUCUUUCAGUACACAAGUUUUUAUUCACUGUCACCUAGUGUUUUUUUUUCAAUCCAGCAAAGUAGGCCAGAUUUUUUUAACCAGAUAUUGAUGCUAUUCCUUUUUUUUUUUUUCAAAUAACUGACCUAACCAGGAAAAAAAAUUAUGGUACAACAAUGUCAUUAUUUUGAGUAACUGGGUCAAAACUUAGAGAUUACUUUGACUUCUUAGACUACUUAAAGACUAUAAUAUUGAUUAUUUUCUCAUAUUUCACCAAUUACUUUUUAAUUUUGUGGUAAUUUGACUAAAUUUAUAUACUUUCCAGAAUAUAUUAUUUGGCAGGACUUGGCUUCCAUACUUCUUCUCACCUUAGUCAAACCAGCACCAGCCAUUCCCCCAACCAUCUGAGCCAGGAUGUAAGGCAACAGCAGAAGAAACUCCAUCCCUCCGCACAGGUACGCCAUCAGAGACACGGCGGGGUUAAAGUGCCCCCCACUGCAAUAAACAUGAUGAACUUUACUCUUUAUCUUCUGAAGGAUGUUUUGAACUGAUAAUGAUAACACCUAUCUGUUGUGGGAUUAACAGAAAUAGCAGGUAGUUCUUGGUAUUUCUGUACCUUUGUAGAGAAAAAAUCAUGAGAAGAUGAUAAAAUGUGCCCUAAAGCAGCUUCUGCUUAACUAUCAUUGAUGUCUAUAUUACAGUAAACUUGCUUAAAUUUUACUGAAAGUUUUCUUCAAUUAAAACUUGAAAAAAAGUCAGUUUUUUUCUGAGUUUUGGAGGAAAUUGUAAGGUCUCAUAACUCCUAGAAAUGCAUAUUCCUCCACCUCAGCAGCAGAAAAAGAAAAAAAAAAUCAUUUCAAACACACCAAAAAAUUUGAUUCUUUUACCUUAUUUGUCCAAACACCAUGAUGAGCACUCCCAGCGCCAGCCCAUGUGCCACAGCAGGCUGGAUGACACCCACAGUCCCCACAUUCCCGAUCACAGAUGCGCACCCCACAAACACGAACAGGCCGGUCCCAAAGAGCUCUGCCAAACAGGGCUGCACAUACUUCUCAAAGAUACAUCUUCUCCUGCUUGUCUUUCUCACUUCUGUCUCCUCAGUUAUGGUAAAGACCUCAGUCUUGGUUUCCUCUCCUGACAUAGUAAGUAUGAAUGAUAACACUAUCUAACCCGAGUGAAAUUCACCUGUGCUUCUGGUGGCAGUCUGAUCCUUGCUGGUCUGAUGAAUGUACAGUUUGGUAUAUAAGCCAUUUUUAUGAUGAUGCACGAAGGACAUACGCACAUCCCCAUUUUUUUUUUCUGCUGAUGCCCCACCUUCCUGUGAUUGUUUGUACUCCCAAGACACUCCAUCAUGUAAGGAUCAUAAAAUUAUGAGGGCUGUGAUACUGAGUGUCAAAGAACACAGAGAUAAAGAUGAGGACAAUGGAUGUGCUAUCACUGAAGAGGACAACGACGGGUUUAACUGAUACUACAUCUUUAAGUCUUCUAUCUAUAGAAUCCAGGAUAGACCUGCUGUAAACUUUACUGUUAGAAUUAUAACUCCAAAUCACAGAUCUGCACUACAGCCUCUAUAUAUGGGGCGCUUUGACUGCUCAGCCAUUGGUACCCCAAACCACAGUGACUGUUAUGUAGCAGUGAUUAGGGGGCUAAUUUUGGGUUAAUUAUUGGGAUAUCAGCAAAAACUUGAGUCCACCCAUUCAUCGAUAAAUACAGUAUCUGUCUGUGUCAUUAACUUAGAAUCAUCAUGUCCCAUUAGAGUCACUAAUACGCAAUCUUUUCUGGGGAUCCCUGUGCUCCAUCAUGCCGUGGCCUCCUCUGGAUCACUGCUGCUGUGGACCUGCCUGCUGUCCAGCUGCUUCAAUUACAUGCAUCAGUCUCACCUCUGUCCAUCUCUCUCUUUCUGCAUCUCCCUCUAUCCCUUCUCUAAACCCAAUGUAGUAGCAGCAGAUGACUGUCUCACAUAGGUCUGGUUCUGCUGAAGGUUUCUGCCUGUUAAAGGUAGUUUCUCCUCUCCACUGCAAAUUGCUAAAUGCUGCAAAGUGCCAUACUCAUGUGGUUGAUGAUGGAAUGGACGUGGGUCUGGUCCUAAAAGAUCAUCUUUACAUUGACUCUUCGGAAAAAAAAACAUGGCCUAAACCAUCUUAUUUUUGUUAAGUGAUUUUGGUUAACACUUGUUGUAAAUUGGCGCUAUAUAAAUAAAGACUAAUUUAUUAUUGAUUGAUUGACAUAAAUACAUGCUAGGGAUAAAAGCCAAUAUUACCCUCCAUCUCUGGCAUAUCAAAUCUAAAACAGUCACUGACUGGUGUUUAAAUGUUGUAUCGUAUUGUUAUAUUAAGUAUUGACAGUAAUGUCAGCCAUAUUCAGCAAUCUAUAAAACAACCCAAUAUUUAUGUCUUUCCAUUGACUCAUGACAAAUCCCUCCUAAACAUAUUACUGGCUUAGACAACCAUGUAUAUUAAAUUUGAAUGUAUACAGAUUAAAGAAUCUGUCCAUGACUUCCUUUUUAUAUUUUAAUCCAAAAUUUUCCCUCAUAUUCCUUUUAUUUUGGAACUAUUUCAGACAGCUCUACAGAAAUCCAGAAGUCCCUUGUGGCAGUAUUCAAAUGAGUUCUCAUCUUUCUGAUCAUGUCAGCAAAAACUGAAUAUUCAGGAGCCUCCUGAAAAGAGAAUUUGAAGUAGAGGUGCUGUAUUGGGUUGAAUUAGUUUGUCUAGAUGUUCAUAAUGUUAUGGCUGGUCAGUGUAUUUUGAAAGUUAAAACUUAAAGCUGCUGUGAGGAACUUUGGUUUGUGUUAAUAUUGGCGCCCCUUCUGGAUAAUGUGAUACCUCACAUCUCUUUCUGACCAAAAACUCAUCCUGUGUCUUUUUAAUAGUGAGUGAUAUCGGUCACUGCAAAUAUUUGCUGUGGAAAAGGCCUACAAAGGCUGAAUUUAGACCUGCUGCUGAUUGUCUGGUCUGACAUCUAUCCCCUCACAGCAGUUUAAGGCAUUAAAAAUUACCAUAGUGAAAUUAUCAGCAUUGCUGCUGAUAGUGUCUUUUGCUUUGGAGGUCACAAAGAAGCAACAGCAUCAGUUUCAGUUUGUUUUACAGCUAAAGACUCCCCACAGUCCCUUUAAAAGUUAAAAGAAAUCAACCAUCUCCAACUUUAAGCUUUCAGAAUUCCUACCUUUUGAAGCUACAACCUGUUUAUAGUGUUUACCAUUAAGACUGCAUUUGAAACAGCCAUCCUCUGUCAUCCUUAUCUCAACUGUGAAGAGGACUCUAACAAUGACAGUGAACCUGGGACCCUGAAAACACUCACUCUACACUUAUCAGUUAUGACAAGAAUGCCAAAGUCCAUUACCUGAAAUGAAGUUUCUGUGAACAGUCAAAAAAAAUUUUUUAAGCAAAAUAUAGGGCUCGAGUGAAGGUAGUUUCAACUGUUUACCCAUCUUACAAUUUGAAGCAACACUUAAUGUAAAACUGAAUCACCUCAAGACUUUCAGAUUUGUCAAACAAUUAUUUAAAUUAUGUCUUGAAUUAUUAUUUAGCAUUACUGCCUCUUCUGAAAGCAAAGCAAACCAAAACUCAGCAAUACUUGUGGAAAUUUCAGAACCAGAUAAUGAUUCAGGAUCUCCUUUGUGGGCACUAGAAUUAAACAAAAAGAUAAAAAUAAUCAUAUAAAUAAUUCCACUGAUUUAAAAAAAGGAUUUUAACUCUUAAAAUCUGGAAAAAAAAACUUAUAGAUGCUCUCAGGAGGCUUAUCAUAAAAUUAAGUGUCACAGUUCAGCACAUAAAUGACUAGAGGACCCCCGUCUUACACAAAGGACUUUUUAAUUCAACUGCACAUGACCUGCCCUCUUCAUUCAGUUCAUCACAAAUGUAUCCUGUUAGAAAACAUUUAUGGAUGAAUCCUCAUAAACUAAAAGAUUGUAAGUUAGUCUCAUUUCUAAACAUUUACUGUCAGUUCUGUCACAUGCAUGUACAUUUUGUUAGAAACUGAGUCUGAGGAGCACAGUUGGUUACAAAAUAACAUCCAGAUGGCACAUUAAAACCCAGACAAGCACAAACAUUUAUUUGCAUUCUUCAAACUUACAUUCUUUAAAGACUCAAACAACACUGAUUUCAUUUACAGUUGAUAAUUCAGUGCCAGCGUAGCCUCAGACCUCACUGCAGCUUCUAACACAACCUUUUUUUUUCCACUACCAGCUCUGGGUGGCAGAGGUAUGCUCAUUAAAACACAUUCUGCUGAUGGAGGGGGUUUUCACACCGGAACAACUCCCAGUCCAGGACAAGAUGGAAGGUUGAGGGUUUCCUCUUUUCCAAUUACUCCCCUCUACACAUCUUCUCCAGUUGUUGAUCUUGGCAUUUGCACAUGUGAAGCAGAAGCCCAACAGUGGAGCAGUCUCACUCUUAAAAUCCCAGCUGUGACAAACCUGAGGAAACAGAACAUGACCUGUUCUUGUAAACCACCUCAGCAGGCAUUUGAGCUGGACGGAUGGGUGGAAAUAUGAAAAAUUUAACACAAAUGAGUAACACUAAGUAAACAAAGUAAAGGACAGCAUGGCGCCACAGUGGACAUCUAGACGUUAGCGUUUUAUGAUCUACAUUACCCAGAUUGAGCCUGUCCUUGGUGGCCCAGCAGAUGCUGUAGUGCUGGAGAAGCUGCUGUAAGAGCUCCCUCUCAUCCAGAAACUCCAGACUUUCGAUUCUGAAAACAGUGGGGAAAAUGUGAUCUUAUUUAUUGGGCUCAAAAGGGAUAUUCCGGUGUAAAAUAAAGUUAGGGUCAAACACAUCGUGACACCGAGAGAUGAAUGUUGCCAACUGCUUGUUUCUCUAGUUAUACCAAUUUUAGUAAUGACCGCAGGAUAGCAAUACACACCUCAACCAAAAAGCCGCUCUAUAACCACAAAUAACAAAUAAUGCUCAGAACAGCACCUAACUUCAUCAACAGUACAUACAGGGUCCCAGCCAUAGUACUAGCCUUCAAACACCUUUUUAGCUUUGCCUGAUUUCUUUAGAAAAGGGACUAAACACAACUCACCCACUCUCUUCCAGCAGCUGCUUGUUUGUGGGGGAGCCCUGACGAGUCGAUCACCGAGUGCAGCAGAGUUUCGCAGCUCAAGGAAGAACAUUUAAGAUUAUUACUUCAUGGAAAUGCAAUCAGACUGUGACGCUAAGGCAGAAGAUCUACCGCGUGGAAAUGAUCCCACUGCACUCGGUGAUCGACUCGUCAGGGCUCCUCAACAGACAAUCGGCUGCUGGAAGAGAGUAGGUGAGUUGUGUUUAGUCCCUUUCCUGAAGAAAUCAGGCAAAGCUAAAAAGGUGUUUGGUGGCUAGUGCUAUAGCUGGGACCCUAUAUGUACUGUUGAUUAAGUUAGCUGCUUUUCUGAGCAUUAUUUGUGGCUAUAGAGUGGCUUUUUGGUUGAGGUUUGUGCGUGGAUCCUUAGACCGCUGUGUAGAGAAGCAUGUAGUUAGCAACAUUCAUCUCUCGAGGGGGGUCUUGGUCGGUGUUACGGAGUCUAACUUAAUUUUACGCUGAAAUAUCCCUUUAAUACAGAUAAUGAAGAAAAACUCAAUUUUCUAAAUCCUUCACACCUGAGUGUACAAAGAAAUAUUGGCACCCAUUAUUACACUUAUCUCUGGCUGUUUAAUCCUGCAUUACCUCGCUACAUCAUCCUGCGGCAGCAUACUGUAAACCGUCAUCAUGUCCAGAGCAUCAGCAUGCUCCCAGCCUGUCUUCAGAAACCGCUCCUUCUGGAAAUGUCAAAUGUACCGAUUCAAGUUAUCAGAAUAUAAUUUGAAAUAGACAAAGUGGAAAAAAAAGAUACAAGUGACAGAUGUUCACCUGAGACUCCAAAGACUGGCAGGCCUCCACUCCUGCUAAGGUGCACUGGCGACGCUGCAGGUUCUCGAUCAUCACCUGACCAAAGCGGUCGCUCAUGUUCACCUGAAUGUUCACACAAUGCUCAGUUACUAUAAGGAACUUUAAAUUGUAUUUUGUAUAUAUAAACAACUGAAUUUGUAUGUAUGAGUCAAGAAUUUAUGUUUUGGAUAGUUCAAUAUUUUUUUCAAUAUUUUCUUUUUAUAAUAGUAAAUAAAUAUUAAAGCUCCUGUGAAGACUUGUUUACCUGCUCGUAGUUGAUAAACAUUGCUGUAUGGAAGGUUUCUGCAGCCCAGUGAACCAGAUUGGAGGACUGUGAGGGCGUCAUGUAGACCAGCACACACUCUGAGAGGAGCAAUGUGGGUAAUCUGGGAGGAAAAGACAGAACAUCAAACCACCCAGCUGGUGCUUUACCACCAAUCUCCAUUCAAGUUUAAAGGAGUUUAAUGAAUUCUGCCAACUGAGGGAGAAAAAGUUUAACUAUUAAAGUGUUCGUUUACUUCUCUCUGGACACUUACCCUUCAUACUCAGUAAGCUUUGAACUCAUUGCUCCAUAAAAAUGUUUUAAUUCUCAUGGUCGUAUUACACAUGAAACAGAGGGUGGGUAAAUGUAAUGACCUUUGACUUUGAUGCAACCAAGACUAAUAAAAAAGAAGAUAAAUCAAAAUUCACAUUUCCCCAAUGAGCAGCUUCCUGUAAAAGACAGCCUCACUCUUUGUCAACUUUUCCUGGAUAAGUACAGGUAAUGAAUGUGCCAGUGCCAAGCUGAGGUGACAGGCUGUGCCAGCUUGAGGUGCACACACCAAAGAAAACAUCCCAUUGCACAAAAAAGGAUGUAUGUCCUCUCAAACUUCCUUUUUUGAGGAUGAGUCUUUGUCUUACCAAUAGAAUGACAAUCCAUCCAUAACCUUUCAGGUUAUUCAACAAUGUAGAGUGAACUUUUCUGUCCUUUACAGUAUGUUCAUGCAAACACCAUCUCCAAUGAAGUAGGGAUGUUGGUUAAAAUGUGAAUAAAAAUGGGAUACAAAGAUCUGCACCACCUUAAUUCAAUUGAAUACACUACAAAGUCAAUGCUUAAUAAUGGAUAUACAAACUGAACGUUAAAUAUCAUGUAAAAGCAUCAUCGUAUCAUGUUUCAAGAAAAGCUUAGACAGGGUCAACAAAAGAAAAUUGGGGACUGCUCCAAAAACUCCUGUUUCGAUUGUUCCACAGGUGACCAUGUUCAUUGGAAACAGGUGAGUGUCAUGAUUGGGUAUAAAAGCAGCAUCCUCAAAGGCUCAGUCAUUUACAAGCAAGGCAAGGUUCUCCACUUUGUCAACAACUGUGCGAGCAAAUAGUUCAAACAGUUUGACACUGCCAGAAAUGCAGGGAUUUCAUCAUCUACAGUCCACAAUACCAUAAAAAUAUCCAGAGAAUCUGGAGACCUUUGUGACCUUUGACCCCUCAGGCGGCUCUGCAUUACCUGGGCUCAGAAAAACUUCAGUGUUUAGUUUGUCUCUACAUCUACAAGUGCAAGUUUAAACUCUACCAGGCAAAGCCAAAGCCAGAUAUCAACAACACUAGACUACUUAACAAGGACUUGACUGGCCUGCCUGCAGUCCAGACCGGUCUCCCAUUUAAAGGCAUCAAAUUCAAAAUGAGUGAAUAUUUGCAAAACAUCAAUAAAGUUGGUCAGCUUGAGCAUUCAAUGCCUUUUCUUUGUUGUGCAUUCAAUUGAACAUAGGUGGAAAGGGAUGAGCCAAUUGUUUUAUUCUGUUUUUAUUCACAUUUUCACAACAUCCUAACUUCAGUAGAAUUUGGGUUUGUCUUUGAUGAAACCCUCUCAGACCCUUUAGUUUUUGGACAUGCUAGCAUAUUAGCAACAAAGGGGUUAAGUGUUCAAAAGAUGCAUUUUUGGGUGGGGGUUCCCUUUAAAUUGGGUGACGGGCGUCAGACGUGUCUUUGUCAUUACAGCUGGAAACAACCUCUCUUAUCAGGAGUUCAUUUCAAUAAGAAGACACAGAGAUAAGCUGCAAAGCUGCAAUUCCUAAAAACAGUGAUAACAGAUGGUACAAAUGAAUGUUCCUCUAAAUUUGACUUACUCAGCCCCUCCCUGUCUCUUUAUCUGUAUGUUUUUCACAUUUACGUCUCUGAAUGACUGUAUUUCUCUUUUUUUAAUGUCUUCCCAGGAGCUUUGAUCCCCCUUUUCUAUAAGUUUCUUGAGGAUUGUUGCUACAGACAGCCUGCUGCCAUGAAUAAGCCUUCAACUGCAACAAUUACUGCGCCCCCGGAGACUGUGCCUCACAGACACACUCAACAGCUUUGCUUCAGCUGCUUGGAUUUCAGGGCAGGAUCCAGUAUUAAAAUGUCCAUCAUACUAUUAAACUAACCAAUCCAUGAGGCUAACACAAACUAACUUUUUUGCUUCUUCCCCAAGAUUAAGUUGAUAUGAAGAAGUGAUCUAGCCUCACUCUGGUGAUCCAGAAUUUUAUAGCUUUGCUAUGAGGGUAUGACCAAUCAGAAUCAAGUACUGAAAACAGCUGGGUUAUUGGUAAGAAAGUUGGGUAAUAAUGAAACAUAACACCAGAGCUAAAAACAGGAUAACGUAUUCACAUACUCUGGGUUGAGCUGGAACUUCUUCAGUUUUUCAUCCAAACUGGAAACAUCUCUGAGGUCUGCCCCGAUGAUACAGUAACGAUCUGAGUCGAGGCUGUGGGCAUCUACUCAAAACAAACAAAACCAUCAGGAAACAGAAAAAGAGAUCCAGAAGAAGGAUUUUCUCACAAGGAGUGAUGUAAUAAACCCAAACUUGUCAUGUUUUGACUGUGACGUGUGAGCUUUACCUAGCAGUAAGGAGUCUGUGGAGUGGGUUUCAAUGAGGGGUCUGGAUAAAGGUGGUUUGGUCCUGGUGAAAAGAGAAAGUCGUUUUAGUCUAUUACCAACACUGGCAUCAACAAUAAAGCAGAACCUGUAAUCAAAGAAAUUUACCGUUCUCUGUUUUAUGAUUUCAGUUUUCUGUUUAACAGUCUGUCAACCUUAUAUACUGAUUUAUCUCAUAAAAGUAAAACAAAUAUAAUAAUGUAAAAAUCAUCCACACACAUAUAAAAAAAGUAGACAUGUAAUAUAAAUACCCUCUCACUAUUUAUCAAACCCAUUGUGAUAGAAAAUUCCAGAUGCUAUUUCUGUUCAAACGGGCCUCUGUCUUCCUCUACAGAUCAGUCUCCACACUGCAGCUCUAAACCAAAAAAGAAGAAAACUAAAAGCCUAAUCAUUUAAAAAAUAUUCUGAUGAAUAAGAUUACAUUUUUCUACUUAACAUUCGUGUUGGUAACAAGUGUGAUGGAGAUUUCUACACUGGAGAUCUGUGGGAAAACAUCAACGUCUGUUUACUGUUUACAGGUCAAAAGUGCUUGACAUUAUCAGGUUCUGCUGAGAGCUCCCUCUUCUGGAUCAAAUGGCAAACUACUUCAGAUGUCCCGAUGAAUUCCAAAAGCUCAUUGCAGUUGGAGAUGAACUUUUCCUGUGCUGCUUACACAUUCAUCUGGCUGCUCUGGCGUAUGUUAGGCACACAGAAAAAACAAAAAAACAAAAAAAAAAACCAAUAAAGUUUAGGGAAAAAAAGAUUCAAAACAAGGGUGUCUUACUUAAUAUUGUGUAUUUUCCUGGCCACAACUGUUGGAAAGUCCACUUCAAAGAACUUCCUUGGCAUGAGAUUUUCAUCCUGUAAAACACAUGUUUACAUAUAUGUACACACAGACAAACAGACUAAAGAUCGGUGUACUGCGUUGUACAUUUGUAUCACAUAUGUUUUUUGUAUAUUUUGUUCUGUGUGAUAAAAAAGUCACAUCAGUACAAACGUGAUGCACAUUUAGAUCUGUGUGCAAACAAUUAGCCAAAGCACUAACCUUUAGUCUCCAAAAUGUGGUGUCCAAUCCAGCACCUAGGUUGAUUACUUGACAACUGCACUCUGUCUUCCUUAAAAAUGCGUCAAGCAGACGGUUCACUCCUUUAACACGGGCAUAGUAACCUGUCAGAUGAGAUAUGUAGGCAGUUAAAAAAAAUGUACUUAGCAUGUGUCACAAGCACCAUAAAGGACGUAUAUCAGAGGAUUUUUGCAGUUUGGCUUAGCAGUACAACAUUUGAAAUACCAGCACGUGUACAAAAAGAGUCUUGAGGAACAUAUCUGCCAUUUUUCCCGGGACUCUCCUGUAUUUCAGACCUAUCCCCCGCCCAUGUCCCGUAUUGUCAUUUCUCACGGGACUCUACCGUAGUUUGCAUGGUCCACGUUCAUUCAUGAAUCGGAUCACUACAUUUGUCAAAACUUGCCAGGUUUCCAGACAACCAAAGAUUGUUGUGUGUUUCUGCUGAGCCUCACAGAUGCUGGAUUGAUACUUUUACUUUUUACAAUUUGGAUGAUUCAGGUCAGUUUAAGCUGUAAACUAUCCUCAUACGACAUGUAAAUUGCCUGUUGCCUAUAUUGCCUGUAUAGCCUGUAAAUUGUGUAUAUUGUAUAUAAUUUUAUUUGAUUUUAUCUUCUCCCCUUUUUCGUUUUUCUAAAUUUUUUCUUAAUUACAACAUUUAUUUAAGUUAUUAAUAUUACGAUCUUUAUUUUUAUAACUGCAUUUUGCACUACCUUUGUCUGUGAUGCUGCUGUGCCAAAAAAAUUUCUCCCAUGGGGGAUCAAUAAAGGAAUAUUCUACUCUAUUCUAUUAUAUUCUAUACAGAAGAGCAAAUAUAUGAGGACUUUAACACCAAUAUCAGUGGACUAAAUAAGUUCAAGGCAUAUCGUAGCUAUUAUUUUUUUAUUACCAUUUGUUAUUGUUAAAACAAAACAAAAAAGUGUGCAGCUUCACUUAUACUACAUGGAUGAGCAAUCUAAUUACAAAUACUCUUAUAGUUAGCUCAUAUCCACCAUACAAGGUAGCCCCAAAACUGCCCGGCGUGCACCGCAAAAUCUCCUUAAAUGUUGGCAGGUAUGCUGUGGAAGUAUCUGUAAACAUCAUGACUUUGUAAACAUGUAAAUUUACUGCUGAGGCCUCCCUCACCACAUUGUAGAGUGAGGAGUCGUUAGCUUGUGAUAAACAGUCUGACUACUGGGUACAUUCUUUCAAAUCUACAAUAUGGAGCUUGUGAAUCUCAAGCUGCAGUUAACACCUGGUCAGUAUCUGCAGCUGACCAAUGUUACUUCUACCCUCAUUCUCUAAUGUAGGCUAUACUUAUAAUAAAUGAUAAUAUAUUUGUGUGCUGAGGAACAUUUCUUACCUCUGUUGAUUUCAGGUGCCUUUCGUUCUCCUACAGAUCUUGCAAAAUACUGGAUAUAGGAGUCUUUCCAAUAGCUUUUACUGGUAGCAAACCUAAAAUAAGAAUGAUAAAUUUCAUUAAUGAUGUUUAGGAUGAAAAAAAACAACAACAUAAGCUCAUGUACACUCUGUGCAUUGCCUGUAAGGACUUGUGGCCAUUUUUUUGGCAUUUGCGUUGGUCCUUCUUGUCCAGAUUUUAGCAUGUGUUGUGCUUACUCUGCUGUACUUACUGUACAGUGAAAUAUUAUUCACAGCUACCACGGUGGCUCUGUAGGCUAGAAUCUAGCUAAACAAUGUUGACAAAAACUGCCAAAAUAACACCAACUAUAAUGGAAAAAAUAGCUUUGUUCUCUUGAAUAAUCAUAAAAGCCGGACUUUGCCAAGAAACACUCACUAGCACAAUACAGAGCACUCACUAGCACAAUACAGAGAAAGAAUCAUUAUGUCGCUGCUUGUCUUCAGCAUUUGGAUAACAAUUUUAGCACUUUUGAUUUUGUGUUGUUAGUCGUUAUUACUCAGGGCAUGUUUGGCUUUUUGUCUCACCACACAACAGAGACAUAGUUUACAAAAUCACAGUAAAACUAAGACCGAAACUAAACUAAAAGCAUUUAAAAAAAAAAAAAAAAGUAAAGCUACAUUACAACUGAAAUAAAGCAUUGAACGGAUUGAGAAUGAACUGAAAUUGUAAACAAACAGUCAAAACAAAAUUAAAGGAGCCUGGUGAACUUAUUUUAUGCGCCACAACCUUUCCACUGCAGUGGCAGCAUCUCUAAAUGACUGCUAUUUACUCACUAAUAAGCUAAAAUGAGCAACAAUAACUAAAGCUGUUCAUUUAGAUACCUUAAUUAUAAAAUGUACCAAAUAUAACUACAAAGCCUUCCGUUUCGUCUGGUUUUACGUGGAUUUUUCGCCUGUAAUAAUGACGCAGUAAUAAACAGUGGCUCAACAGAGGCAGUAAAAUACCAAAUCAUAUGAGUCUAACUGAGUACCACUGUCAAAGUCCUGGUUUCACCUUUUGCAUGUGGUUGCAUCGUCGCAGGUCGCCCUCACUGCCUCGUCGGCAGUAUCUGUAUCUGUGAAAGGUUGUCGAGCUGCCAUGAACUGUCCUUGUUGUCGUUAUGUUGUCAACAUUAAAGCUGGAAACCCUGCAAAAUAUAGUCCACCUGCUUUACACUGGCUUAGCAACAACAACAAGCUAACCCCAGAUAGCUCACUUUGACAGGAGGGGUUGUUUAUCAAGGUUGAAAGGAAGGAAAAUAAAACUGAAAGCAUAGUCGGGUUGCAUUAGUAUUUAUGCAACUAUCAUCGUACUCCAUGGGAUUCAAUUCAACAUCGACGGGUUGCAUUGAAAGAGGUGAUCAUAUUCUGCUUGCUAAGCGCAACAUGCACGGAGUGACAUAUUAGGCGGACACUUCCGACCAGCUGACACUUCCGGGUAGUGCUUUUCAAAUUAAAAGUAUCACCAGAAAACUACACACUGUAAGCAGCUGUUUUAGUGAGAUAAAUGACCGAAUUUAAACCCCGUUGUCCAUCCUACAUUUAUAUCUGAGCUGCGCAUCGCUAUAUUGAAUAUAACAGUGACUUAUGGCAGAAAAAAAUGUCUUAUUACUGACUGACCUUUAAUCUGAAAUUCACUUGUGUUGUAAAUAAACCAGCACUUUCACUGAGAUUGUGUAGGUGGAUCAUUCUAUUCAAACUUUUUUAUUUGUUUUAUUUUUUUAAUUAAAAAAUAUAUAUAUAUUGAAGAGUAUCCUUCAGUUAAACUUCAUAUCGACUCAGGCGCUACAUGGCCUAACCAAAUGACACAUUGUAAAGAACGUGAAGCGAAAUUUAACAAUAACCUUUCCACUAACUUCCUUUGCUCGUCUUCUCGCCGUAGUCUUCUGUGGCUAGAUCUUAGACACUGGUACAUCAUCAUUAUUGGUCCCCAGCAGCUCACUCCAGUUGUGGCUUUUUUAUUUGCAUCCUUUUAUUUUCGCAGUAAGUAGAAAGUACGUUUUUUUUUUUUUUUUUUUUUUUUUGCAUCACCACUUUUUUUCGCGUCCUUAACUACCAUUGUGGCUUUUUCUAUUAUUUGAACCAUUUCUUUUUUUAUUUGCUGUGAGCUUUGGUUUCUUUUUUGUUGCAUCGGUAACUUUCAUUGUGGCUUUUUUUGUUUGCAUUCUUUUAUAUUUGCAGCGGUGGCCGUUCUCGGCCACCAUACAUAAUAACACUCCUCAUCGUUCAUUUGAAUGAUAACUGACCUCAUUAAUAUGUUGAAAUGUCAGAGAUGAAAUAUGAACCUGAAGAUCAUCUGACCAUGCCUUAUGCAUAGUAAGUAAAAAAAAAAAGGAUAAACAUCAGAAUGAGACAGAACAGUGACAGAGUAUGUUUCAAGUCUCGUGGGAAACACAGAAUUCAAAAGCCCAUUUGACACAUUUUUGGGGAACAUUCUUGAAUUGCCACUUCAAUCUUUCACAUCUUUGAGGGGGCCUCAUUUUGCUCAGAUAAUCAAUUAUUCUUUGGCAGCUCCCAAAUAAUGUGUCUGAACUCCUCUGAUGAUCAGAGCAGCUCAUACAAAGUUACAUAAAAGACUUGUCCUACUUGGAAAGGAACAUAAGCAGAUGUAUUAAAAAUCCAUUAGAUACCCACACAGAAGGGGGACCACAAAGCUGCACAGACAGAGAAUAUUUGAAGACGUCAGCUUUUAAUGACCACAUGCAGAAUUAUACAGGGAAAAAAGCUUUGUAAUAUGUUUUUCUCUGCAGAAUGGCUCACUGACUAGUGACCGGAUUAGUCUGCAGUAUAUUGAAUCUGAAUCAAAGCUCACACAAGUAACAUAAACAGUUGUGACAUUAGAUUUCAACUUAGUUUAAGUGUUUUGAUACACAGUAGAAAGUCCACUUACUGGAUUUUUGAGUUAUAUUGUUGCAAGUGUUUCUCAAAGCUGAAUGGGUCCUAUAUUAUCACAAAGUUCAUACAGUGAUUCAAGAAAUCUUCAAGCAGCUAAAAAACAGUACAGAGCUGUGAUCUUACAGACAGCUAAUGCAUUUGGCUUCAAGCUGAUGCAGUCUGUGUCAAAGUGUAAGAUACUUGAGUUGCAAUGGGGUAAGGAGAGCCUUAUUGACUCACAGCUUAAUGGAUAUGGGCUUAAACUAAAAGCUGAUUCUCGUAAAGACAGGCUCAGCAUUUUGUCUUUGGCAUUAUUGGUUUAUGAAAAAGUGUAUUUCUACAUUUAAACAAUAAAUGAUCAUUGUAAAGUUUCUAGCUUGUUAAGUUUAUCGGUGUACUAUUCCUGUGUUAACUCUUUCCAAUUUUAGAAGAUAACACAACAGAGGGGUAACAUGUGAUUCUUCCAAACUGCAUUCUUUAAGGUCCCUGAAAGAACAUAAAGAUCCAAAGUCACAAUUUAGGAUAAUUUUUGAUAUAUUUUAUACACAUCUACUUAUGGCAUUCAUGAAGCGCAUUUAGUCCUCUCGUAAACACUUGCCUUAUGAAAUUGAUACACACAUUUUUGCACAAAGACAAGAAAGUGUGUGAUGCUUGAAUUCAAAGCAAAUUACCAGCAGUCUGUUAUAACACAGACCAAAUAUUUAAUUUUGACAAACCAAAUAAAGUCAUACUUUUGGAUUAUGGGGUGGCCCCUGGUGUGGCCAAUCAGGUUUCGAGGGGGCCCCAGUAACUCAUCAAGACCCGCCCAUGCAUAAGAGGUAAUCAGGGAGUGGCCAGGGUUGCAACACUGAUUUAGUUCAGUGGUUCUCAAACUUUUUCUACCGGGCCCCCCUUUGGCAGAUUAAAACUGUUUCAAGCCCCCUUACGCCUGACUGUACACAUCAACGUGUAAAUGAAAAUAUGUGAAUGUAUAAAAAAACACACUGUCUGUCACAAGCUGCUAUUGUUUUUCCAAUUACUUAAUGAAACUUUAAACUUUUGUAGAAAUAACAACAGCAAUACCUUUUAAUCAUUUUUUUAACAUCUUUAAAACAUAUUCUUUCAGCCCUAAAAUAAGUCUGUGGCUACAGUGCGUUUGAUAGUGCCACAGAUCUUCCCCAGUCUUGGGUGCAGCUGUGAGACUGCCACUCUCAGUUCAUUUUCAGUGUCCAGUUUUGAUCGGUACUUGGUCUUAAUGUAGUGUCGUUGUCGCCCUUGCGUUUUUACGGAGGUCCGCUGACGUUUGUCAUGGUUAGCAGUGCAACACAAUGUAAACACAAUGGAACCACUGAUUUAAUUAAAUAUUAAGUUGUAGGGGGUAUUUUUGCAUUUCAUAAUUUUUUGUAUUUUACAGUUGGGAGAGAUUGUAUUAGGUGAAACAUUUUGGUCUAAAUGAGGCCCCAAAAUUGACACAAAGGAAAAGUCCCUCAUAGUAGCUUUAAACUCUGACAGUAGAAAGACACAACUACAGUGGAUUUUCUUUGUGCUGCACAUGCACAGCUGGUUUAUUUGGAUUUAAAGUUCAUCAGAGUGGUUGACUGAGCAAAGAAAGGAAACUGUUAUGGCAUCAUGACUUUAGUAGUGUUGUAAAAAGUUGUUUGCCUUCAUUCCAGAGCUCCAUAUGUGAACAGGGUUUACUCCUGUCAGUGUCCAGGGGGAGGUGUUGCUGUGCAGGCAGAUGCUGCUGCGGUGCUCUCAGUCUCUCUCCAUCUCUCUCUCUCUCUCCCUCUCUGAGCUGGUUGGCAGAGGUGCUGGUGGACCCUCUGUUGCUGCUGCUGCUGUUGCUGCUCACUCAGCUCACAGCUCCCAGUCCUGGGAAAAAAGCGGCCGCAGAUUAUCCAGCUCGGUAACGUUAGCUCACCGGCUAACGGUCAAGACAGCGACCGAGAGGAGCCAUGCAAAGCCGCAGGAGCGAGUGAAAGUUGGUCGCGGCUCACUUUGGGACUUUUGCGCGUGGAAAUACAACAAUAAAAGAGGUUCGCGGAUCAUGCUGCCGCCCCCGACGGGAACUUUUCUCUAGGAUUUCCACUUGGGAAAGGCUAGCUCAGAGGCUAGCGAGGCUACUAUUUUUAAUUGGCUUUGGGCUCAAUGGCUUUCGCCUGUUUUGCCCUGUCAUAGCGACAGCUUGGGAAAUUAAAACGGGGAGAGGCCCCAGUGAACUUCAUGACAAACCAAAGCUCGGUUUUGAAGCUUAACUUCGGAAGGUUAGACUGGCAAAGGACCGAAAAUGAAGAAGCAGUUCAACCGGAUGAAACAGCUCGCCAAUCAAACAGUUGGCAGGCAAGUAUUGGAGUUAGCCAUUUUUACUCAUUUACAGCAAACUUUAAGUAUUUAGCUCUCUCUGACUUAACUUUGAAGGUUUGUAGACACGUUUUUUUCGACUUUAACAGCUCCUAAUACUUCAUUAACUUUUGUCCCCAGCAGCUUUGACAAUGAAAUGUGAAAAAAGACAACAUAACCUAAUUAUAACAACAAAUCUAAUCAGUUGCCUUUGUUGACAAGAUUAGUCUCAAAUGGGUGAUUCAUUUGCUCUCAAUGUCUGACAACCAGGAUUAAGGGCAUACUACUCUUAGCAAUAACUGGUUGGAUGGGAUUCAGUGCUCUCAUUUAGUCUCUGUGUUUUCACACUGCUGUCUGAACCCAACAGAUACCCCCCCUAAAGCCUGAAUCAGCCAUCCACAGUGUUAGCACUAUUUAUCUGGGAUAUAAACAGUGAGGAGCACAAUGAUGAUGCACUUUUCUCUUUCACUUUUUGAAAGUUUCUUUAAUGGGAGUGGGGCAAAAUAUUGUUAGAGCAAUACACAGUUGUCUUGAUCCGGGCAGUACAGUAGACCAGUAUUGAUAUAUUAUUUUAAUCAUGAUUAUUCCAAACAUCUUUUACUCUUUGUGUCACAAUUUAAUGACCCAUCAUAGAGCUAAUGACACCUAUCUGCAUCUUACCUUUUAUUGUAGCCUAUAUUGGUUUUGGUUGUAAGGUAUCAUAUCACGUCGUAUCACUUCGUAGAGAUAUCAUACCAUAUGAUGUCUUAGAUUGUAAGUAGGGAUGCUUUUAGGAUAUUCGGAGAUACCCAAUGUGCUGGUAUUUUCAAACUCAUUUUGUGCACACAAAUCUUUUAUCAAACUAAACAACGUAAAGUCUCUUGUGCGUUGAAUUUUUCUUGGUACUCGUAUUGUAGACAUAAACAGAGCAGGAUCAUAAGUGGAUAAAAGUACAGAAAUGUCUAGCAAAAGUAGAGGCAUUUGGCAAGCAAUGGAGCGCACCUUACAUAUUUUUGAAGGCAGUAUGGAUAUAAGAGAUUUUCCCACACUUUCAACACAUGCCUGAAAGCCUUUUGCAGGAGCCCUCUUAUAUAUGCAGCUGCAGAAGGGUACAAAAGAUUCAGGAGCAUCUGCUGUAGGGCAGUUCAGUUUGAUGAAAGAUGUGCAAACAUGUCAGGGUUUAUGGCAUUCUCAUGAUCUACAGCAAAUACUAAUUUUCCAAAUGGGGACAUGAAGAUGUCAGAAAUAUUAUCAGGCUUAAGAUCUUAAUGCUUAUAUAAACUCAUAACAAAAAAAAGAAAGAAACACCAUUACAUCAAUUUUUAUAGCCCUUAAUCACAACAGCACUUAUAAUGGUGUACAUAAUGUACAGAGGAGUGAGACAGUUCUCUAGAUAAUAAUCUUGAUUUUUAAAUGACAUAAUGAGAACAUUUACAGGUGUGUAUCCAACGGGGGAUUAGGCCAUCACUGGGGAGUAUGUGUCUGGUCUUUCUUGCCCUCUGCAGCUGAAUACAGACAUCAAGAUAGAAAAAGACAACACAAUAGGACGUCCCUGCAAUGAAUGACCUGUUACUUUUCAUCUAACAUCAUGGUUCACUCUUUUGCUAAUAAUUUGACAGUGAAAACCUUCCAAAUCUUUAGAACAAUAUUCCUAGCUUCAACCAGGGUAUUACACAUUUAACAUAUAAAAUAGAUGAAUGUGAGUAGUGAUGGAUAAAUACCCUUUCUCUCCUUGCUAAUUUUUUAUAUUUAAAACAGGCUGAAAGGUUUGCCCCUUGAAGUAAGUGAUUCUCCCUCAGGAAAAGUGUCUGGACAAUGAAAACGUAUUAAUUAGUGCCACUCUGCUGCAGUGGGAUGACACACAGGUCCUUGAGUAACCAAAUAUCUCAAGUAACCAUGGCUGAAGCCGCCUUUGUGUGCACAGGAGGGUGAGAUGUUGAGAUGUGUCAAAGAAUAUUUUCAUGGUGGGAAGCUAGCUCUUAUGAUGUGUGGCAGUUGGUUUGUUUACUUUGUAAUUGUAAGCUUUGUGUCGAUGGUAGUCGACAAUGUUUGACACUUCAGGCUGUGUGCGGUUGUACCCAGUUCAGGGUGGUGCCAGAUAAGGUUUCUGACAGGCUGAAAACAAUGGUAUAUCAUCUUUUAAUGGGUAAAGGCAGCAUUUCCCAAAAAAACAAAAUAUUGACAACGUGCAAAAGAUAAGCAUAUUGUAAUACUGUGAUUUCACAUUAGUGGCCCUUUAUGCUGGUUGCCACGCGUUAUUAAACAGAGGAUAGACAAAGAAGAUGAAGCAGGCUGCUAGCGAGCUAGCUGGAGCAGCCUCUUGAGAGAUGAUCUGGCACUUUUAAAGCAGAGGUAUAAGAUUUUAUGUAAAUCCAAUAACAAUAUCAGAACUUGUGCCUUCCGGGUCACAAAUCAACUGAACAUUUAUCUUUUCUGAUGGUUCUUAUGACUGUUUUUAUUCAGUCCUGUCACGUUUGAUCUUCCAAAGCUAGAAUACAGGGAAUGAAGCAACUGAAACCAUAGAAAUAGGAUCAGACUAAAAGCAUGAUGAGCAUCCUGUAAUGAGGCAGUGUUGUCUACAAAGAGGUUUUGGUAAUAGAUUUAGAAACAGAUGAUGUAAUGAUGCAUGUAAAAUAACUUUAUUUAUUAGUUAGGUGAAAUGCCCAGAUCUAUUUUUACCCCAUGGCAACCAAUAUCUUGACAGCCCUUGUCAAAAUCAAAUUUCUUGAAUUGUUAUAUCCAAAAUAUUUGUUUCUUUUAAAUUUGAUGCCAGUGACACAAAAACUCGGACACGGUCUACAAAACUGUGAAAAUGUUGUGCAGUUCUUUAAAAUGGAAUAACUCAUGAGGUCAUUUGAAAAAGACGAGAUCUGAAAAUGGGGGAAUCCAGAGAAGAUGAAUCUUUCACGAGUUAAGGUAGGGAGAGAUUCACCACUCUGUGAGAGACUGCGAGAGCAGAACAUUUUCAGAGAGAUGUUCAACAGCGUAAAACUUAAAAAAUUUGGGGUUUCAUCACCCACAGUAUCAUAGUUUUGUGAAGUGGGAGAAAUGUGUGCACAAAAGAGAUGAGACCAACAACCAAUACUGGGUUGCUUUGAUCUUUGGGCCCUCAGGCAGCACUGUACUAAAAAUGGACAUGACUUAGUAGUGAAAGUCACUGCAUGAGCUCAAAAUCGCUCCCAAAAACCAUCACUUGUGAUCACAGUUUGUCACUGCUUCUGCUGAUUAAAAAUUUUAGUAUUGUUCUCCAUCAGAGAAAAACUCAGACUUUAAUAUCUUCAAUAAGUCCUUUAUAUCUGGUAUGAUGAACUCCAGUACAGCACAGACACUCACUACCACUGUCAUAACAAAUAUAAAGCACAAAUAUGACCAUUCUUUAUAUAUUUAAUGAGUACAUGUUCAUUUGACUAAAAUAGUUUUAGAAUAACUGAAAAUGAAACUUAAAUAUUCAGGCAAAGAGACAAAAAUCAGGAUAUUUGAAUAGACAGACAGGAAAACAAUGUUUGAUAGAGAGGUGGUAAAUACAGUCACUUCUAACCGAACAGUCUAUCUAGUGUUUAUUUGAUGGUAACACUAUCAGCCCAGUCUGAGGGGAGAAUCUGCCGAACAGUGUUCCUGCAAAACUCAGGGCCAGCAGAAACAGGCCAGCUGGGAUACUCAUACUUUCCUCAGCAGCAGUAAAUUAGAAGUGGAGCGAGUAUAAUGUAGAAAACAGACAUUUGCAUGUGCUCCCAGAGUGGUCACUUACUCUUUUGUGUACACAUGUACUGUUAAACUCAAAUGCAUUGAUUCAUACGCAUGCCCCUCUGAAUGAGUGAUCGGUCAGCAUCAGGAUAACCGCUCUCAGUUCUUGCAGCUAACGCCUGCUCGUGCGCCUGCGUCUGCAAAAAUUUGCGCGUGCAAAAGGCCCUCUCCGCUGCCCCCUGGGUUCCUGUGAUUGUGCAAGGGCAGAACACUGUGUCCAGCAAGCAGCCGCUCUGAGGAAAUCUCUCCUUCUUCUCCUACAAACAGGAAACUGCCUCCCAGAGACACACUGGUGCUUUCUAGAAAGCAGGAGAAAGAAAACUAGGAAGAUUGAUGUAGUGAGAGAGAGAGAGAGUAAAAAACAUGAUGUGAUUCAUGCCAGGGAGACAUAGGUUGUAGCUGUUUAUAGAGGAUAUUUUCAGUGUCUUAUCUUUGAACUCUGUGACCCUAAGCAUGAGUGUUUGCCUCAGGUUGAUGUGGUCACUUACAUCUUUGAAGAAGAUAACAUUUGAACAGAGAGUCAUUACCUCCAAUCUGCAAAAAGAUAAACCAGACACAAGAUGACAUCAACAUUUUGCACUCUGCUGAAAGUGUUGAUAAAUUUGUGUUUUCUCUGCUGUGCUUGAGAUAAUGACAUCAACUCUGACUGUGCAAAAAUCAGUCUAAGAUAAAGCUGUCAGUGGCUGGGGGAGGAGAAGCAUAAGUUUUGGGUCCAAUGGAGUGCUUCAGUUAAAGGAAUAUUCUGGCGUAAAUUUAAGUUAGGGUCAAACACACUGUAACACAGAGUUAGACACCCCCUCGAGUGAUGAAUGUUGCCGAUUGCUUGCUUCUUUUGUUAUACCAACUUUAGCAACGACUGCACGAUAGCAAUACACAGCAGUCUACGCCUCCACGUACAAACCUCAACCAAAACGCCACUCUAUAGCCACAAAUAAUGCCCAGAACAGAACCUAACUUCAUCAAUGGUACAUAUAGGGUCCCAGCCAUAGUACUAGCCAUCAAACACCUUUUUAGCUUUGCCUGAUUUCUUCAGCAAAGAGACCAAACACAACUCAACUGCUCUCUUCCAGCAGCCACUUGUUUGUGGGGGAGCCCUGACGAGUUGAUCACCAACUGCAACAUCAUUUCCACGUGGUAGUUCUUCUGCCCUAGCGUCUCAGUCUGAUUGCAUUUCCAUGAAGUAAUGAUCAUAAACGUUCUUCCUUGAGCUGUGAAACUCCGCUGCACUCGGUGAUUGACUCGUCAGGGCUCCCCCACAAACAAGCUGUGUAUCCCUAUUGUGCGGUUGUUGCUGAAGUUUGUAUAAGAAGCAAGCAGCUGGCAACAUUCAUCUCUCGAGGGGGUGUCUAGCUGGAAUAUGCCUUUAAGAACAAGGGGAGCAGGGGUUGCGGGGGGGUCUUUCAAAGUUUAGCGGUACAGGGAAACAAUGGAGAAUACCUUACUGUAAAGAUUAAACUUGAUGCCCUUGAUUUCUGCAGAAGUCACUUUACUGGUAAUGGAACUCCCCUCUGCAGAAACAAGCUCACAUGUGCAAUCUUUGACUUAAUAUAGUAUUGCAUCACUUACAUGAGCAAGUCAAUACCAGAUCAGUACAGUUACAGCCUGUUAGCUUAGUUUAGCAGCAGAACUGGAAACCAGGGCAAGAUAGCCUUGGGCUGCCCAGCUGUAGCAGAACUGGCAAAGAACAGAUGAGUCUAAGGGGGAGCAAUUACUCCAAGAGUUGCAUGCUGAAGUAUAUUUUUAUAGUUAUAAUGUCAAACAGAUCAGAGACUAGCUGAAACACAAUAAAUAAAAUGAUGCAACUUAAUGUAUUACUACUCAGCUUUCAAAAUAUUCCCUUAUCAGAUUGGCCCUGGAUGGAUGGGUCAUGCAUGCAUAAACAUUUGCACACUUAUCAGAUAAAGCAACAGCUAUUUGUGAGCUUGGGUUGUAUGAUUAUGACCCAAAUGAUAAUCAAGUUUAUCUUAAGCAGGGUUGAGAUAAUGAAUCAGAAUUUGUUUAUGUUUUACAUUCAGUACAGUGUGCAAAUUUUGCUCCAAACUACAACUUAAAAUGAGGUCCUUGAUCUGAGUUUGGUGCAUCUUUUUAGGAGAGAAAUAUAAAUAAAACAGUGCUGAAAACAUUGUACCCAAAACAGAAUCGACAGCGCUCUGUUUCACUUUAAUUCAGUGAGAGUAUUUCAGUCUGUCUUUGAGAGCUGGGAGAAGGGACAUUUUUUGUCUAAAGCGACAUACACCUUGCACGCCAUCAUCUUAUGCUUGACAUCAUUUACCCUAAAUGCCAAGUGCCUCCAAACAAUUAAACAAUGAGCCGCUAUGAGUUCCUUAUCUUUCUUGUCAGACUUGACUUUGUUUUUCCCAUGACUGGUCACUAUUGUUUACACUUUCACUCCAAACUGGUCCUGCAAGGUAGGACAUGCAAGCUCCCCCAAAAAGUGAACCCAAAACUUCUCUUUCACCACUGUGGGAGUAGCUUUGACUUUGGUUUCAUUUGAUAUGCAACAGAAUUUGUUCCAAGAUUGUCAUUUGAUUGUUAUUUUAAAUUUGAGCCAUUCUGUGUUAAGGUUGUAUUUUUGCUAUUUGGUUUGUUAUUUCGAGUUCAGGCGAAGCAUUGUUGGAAGAGAGUCAUACUGUAAAACAAGCUGGGCAUCAGAAAGUAGGGCUGGGUGAUAAAACGAAAAUGAUAUCUUAAAAAUUAAUUUCCCUCGAUAUCAAUAAGAAUCAUGGUCAAUAUCCUUUUCGAUAGUCGGCAUUCUGCCGUGUUUUGGUAGACUAUACAACAAGCCCAUGAAAGGGAGACUUGCUCCUGGGUGAUGCAGUGCUGAACCAAUCGUGCUGAAUCAGAACCAAGCAGCAAACAACUGCGUAGUAGCAGGCUGCAGCUACGUGUAACCAUAGCACUGAAACACGCAAAGAAAAUGAGUGCUACCCCCAGCAGAAAUGCAGAUGAAGGCUCAACAGAUGAUAUUAUUGACAACACCGGCAUGAACACGUUGGUGGUGUGGAGGUAUUUUGUUUUUUUGAAGUUGGACAUGAAGCAGAGUAGUGUGCACUGCAAACUAUGCUGAGUACAUGUUAAAUCUCAUACAAGAGUAACAGGGAACAUUUAAGAUUGACAAGCGAGUUUUUUAUAUCGUGAUACAAAUCGAUAUCGACUGAUAUUAAAAAAAAAUUGUGAUACUUUUUCCCAUAUUGCCCAGCCCUAUCAGAAAGACAAUGUUAAAAUGUGCUAUAAUAAUCACUUUAGUUUUCUCUGGGUUGGUAUUGUAGUUGUUUUGUCACAGCAGUGUAACACAAAUCAAUGAAUCAAUUUCAUGCAUUAGAUCUGAACUCAUCCCUGACCACAAUGUUUUCAAAAAACAAGGCGAGUCCGUAAGAGAUCAACUCCCAGCAGUGUCUGAAUGUUUCCACUUUUCAUCAGAGCUGCUCUACCCCACCCUGUUAAUCAUUGACUGUAAAUAUAAACAUUACAUAAUCCUAGUGGAGGCCUUUCCUAUCAACAGCUAUCAUCUUACUGACCAGCAUCCUCCUGUUAUACCUAUUGUAUGUGACAGUCCUCGUUUCACUGGAGAAGGUGUCGUGUUGAAAAGACACUUCCCCCAAAGGGAUCAGCUGAAUGUCACAGUAGAAUUAAAAGGAGAGGUGACUGGGCGUCUCCCUAUGUCUCAGCAGGCCACUGCCUUGAGGACGAAGAGGUGUGUCACCUGGGAUCUUUUGUGAUGCUGCUAGUGGUGUACAACCCCUGAGGAAAUGUUGCUGUACCUUUUUAUUCUUUAAAAUCACAGUUUGCUUUGAGACAAAAACUGUGGCAUGACUUUGCAUGCCGAUUCUGAGAUCUGUAGUGUUUCAUGUAUUUUCAGCAGCAUUGCUGAUUGGAUAACACAUUUAAACAUCACUUAAUUCCACAUUUAUUUACAGUUUGACAUGAGGAUGUGAGUAUAGUUGGAAACAGAGCACACUCCUUUUUCAAAGUGUAUAGACUAAUCAUUUUAGCAGUGUAAAGGAAACUUAUAAAAGUCUGUGUGUGUGUUUUUGACGUGUCCUCUGCUCACUCCUGCUCAGGUCUAAUGUUAACACUCCAGCACAUAAUCAGCCUCAUAAGCAGCGUUGUCUGGGCUGAGUCACUCAAUUAUUCUGGAGCUCCUUUCAUCUGAGUCCAGUAUCCAUUACCUUCUGCCUUAAGCUGCCAACUGUUGCAGACCCUCCCCGCUCCUCAGCCCCGCUGAUUGUGUUGAGUGGCCACUAACAGCCGCUCUAUUGUGCUUACCCAUGCAGUAUUCACUUACUCCCCUUCCACUUUGAUUGUAAAUCGCCAUGGUUACCAUUCUGACCUAGCAGCCACUGCUGCGCGGCCAGGACCUCUUGUUGUUAAGGAGUCACAUGCGGCGCACAGUGACACACUUUCUCCAAAGAGCUGCAGCUUCAGUGAGGCGCGAUGGGGUCAGCUCUUUUUUGCACUGCAGGGUCAGCUGAUGCCGGCAAAACAAUUGUUGUUUUGUUUUGUUGUUGUUUGUCCUCCAACCGGGCCGCACACAGCCUAUUUUUACCCCAGUGACAGGGCUUUUUUAGAUUAGUUCACACAAUUGUUGCUAUAACAAGAGCUGAAGUGAAGCUCAUAUAUCUAAGUGUUCUUAUUGUGUGAUUACAGGAUCAUGUUUGGGAAUGUCUUGCAACUAAUGACACAAGGUUUUCUUGCUUAUAUUUCACAUCACUAUGCAGCACUUGGUUAACAAAAAAAACUUGAAAAGUUUGCUAAAUCUUAUCGUUAGGUUUUGCAUUUGUCCCUUCUGUAUUUUGCCACAAUCUUCUUUAGAAACUAAUACUCUGAAUAGUUCAGCUUGUUUUCUAACGUUAUGUGGAAACUUAAUUCACUUCCACAAACAUACAAACCCAAAUUCUACUGAAGAAGAGACCUUGUGCCUCAAAUCUUCAAUAGUCUCAGUGUCUUUAAAUUGUCUGGGGGUGUGUUUGUGCCCAUGGCUAACUGUCACAUCUGAGAAGGCUCCAUUAUUGCUGGAAGGUACAAACAGGUUUAGGAGCAACAUCUGCUGCCAUCCAAGCCACGUCUUUUUCAGGGACGUCUCUUCUUAUUUCAGCGAAAUAAGUUAUCUUACCACAGUGUGGCUUUAUAGUCAAAGAGCAUGGGCAUGAGAUUGGCCUGCCUGCAGUCCAGACCGGACUCCCACUGAAAAUGUGUGCACAUUUACAUUAUGAGGUGCAAAAUAUCACAACAGAGACCCUGGACUGUUGAGCAACUGAAGUGGUUCACAUUUUUACACAACGUCCAGACUUCAUCGGAACUGGGGUUUGUCGUAACUGACUCACAAAGGGAACAUUUUUUUCUUCAUAAACGGCAGUUUGAUGCUCUGACUUUAUCUUCGGCCUUUGACAGGACUACAUAAAGAGCUCUUCAUUUAGACUACAUUAUAACACAAAUGCUAUACUGUGGCUUUAUAAUCGAGCUCUGUAUGUGUGUAUUCAGCCAGCUGAAAAUCCUGUCUGUUGGUUUUUGUAGAUCCUCCUCACUUUCCAUGUGGGACCCCAACAACUUGACAUCAGCUCCCCUCCACAUAAAAAGUCUUUCCAUUCAUCUCCAGCCCCUAGAUUAUUCUGGUUUGGCACCUUCAAAACUCUCCAUCCCCACCCCCAAAAAUCUCUGUAUUUGUAUUUCUUUCCUUCAAACCCCCCAAACAGUCGUCCCUCCUCUGUCAGACUCUUUCUCUGUCUCUGCCUCUGUGUUGUAAUUGAAAGCAGCUGUGCAGAGGUUACUAAAGUUCAUACUGAGCAGUUUCUGGAGGAAGGCCUGAGCUUCAUUUAGAGCUCCAGUUUCCCAAAAUGAAGGCAGGCUGCUGUCUACCGGUCGUUCCAGUUGGAGGGCUCCACUUGGAAAAGUUUACACACUACUUGGACACAACAGUACCUGCACAGUCCUCUCUCUGCAUUACAGUAGAGAGACAGAAAGUCUGACUGUAAUGUCACGUGAGUGUAGAGGAUGUGAGACAGAAGGGGGAUGAAGGCUUAUUACUGGACGUCUGCCCAUAAGCUUGGUUUCCUUUCUAGUAAAAUGAAAUUCACAUUAGGUGGGUCAGAUAUCACACUUCCCACUCGACUGGGGAUCAUAAUUAUGGAAAGUUGCAGGAAAAAGUGAUGCUGGGGAGCACUAGAAAAAAGUUCUUCAUGUGUAUUACCGAUGUUAAACAUUAACCAGACAUCUAAAACACUAAUAAAAAGCUGGUGAAAAUUUGACUAAGGUUGUCUGAUGGCAAAUAACUGCAGAUGAAGUUCUUAUUAGAGAAAACUAAAUUCACCAAGUUUUCAAAAUGAUACAGAACAAUAGAUUGGUGACACUUGGCCCACAAUAACAAUAGGAAUUUCAACAUCAUGACAUAUUAUAGUGCUCGAUUGUUUUUACCAAAAUACAUUCCCAAGCUAUACUUAGUCUGAAACAUAAGUUUGCUUUUCUGUCGACCUGUAUGACUGAGCCUGUAACUAUUGUAUUCACCCUGAAGUCAAUAACUACAGCUGACUGUUAUCUGUCAUUCUGGUAUAAUCAAUAUUUGAACCCUCCCUUGCUCCCACCUCUAUCCAUCUAAUUGCUGCACAUUUUAGCUCAAGUUUUAUUUUUUUUAAACAUAUCUUUAUUGGUUUUUGUAUUCAUACAACAACAUCCAACAAUUUAAACAUAUGGUAGUAAUGAAAAUAAUAAUGAAAAGAUAAAUAAUACAGAAAAGGUAAAAAAUAAAUGUCCUAAUAAAACAAAUAAUUAAAAAGAUAAAUUGAACCAACAAAUUAGUCAACAAAUUGCUGAGCAAUAAAUAAAAAAAUCAUCUAAAAAAAUAGCACGAAUAAUCAAUCACUAUUGAUAAUAAUAUUAUCCUAACAAAUUAAAUAUUUUUAAGUAUCUUAUUCUCACACUGUCUCCUCCAUAUCGCCACCUUUCAACAGUUCCAGAAGUAUCCUCCAAAUGUCAUAAAAUUCAGAGGGUUUCUUCCUAACAAUGUAGGUCAGCUUCUUAAGAGCCGAACUUAUUCAACCAGUGGUUAAAAGAGAGUCAACCAACAUUCUUCCAACAUAAUGCAAUAGAUCGUUUGGCCUGCAGUAAACAAAGAUCAACCAUUUUUCUUUCUGUGCAAGAGAAAGAACAGUCCUCUGGAUAAAUGCCUAAAAUACAGAACUUAGGGCAUAGAGGUAAAUGGGAAGUUGUGAUUUGAGAGGUAUACUUUAAUUUUAGCUCAAGUUUGUCUAAAAGUGUCAUAAAAACCUGAGUAUUUAACUCCUCCAACCUCUGACUGCCAUCACUUCCCCCCAGAGGUUUCCAGCCUGCGUGAAGGUGUAAAUAAACAGCAUGAGCUGACACUGUGUUUCCCAGGCUUCUCCCUUUAAGUGAAUCUAAUCUGUCUGACCUCACUGAGCCCAACUUUUAGUUUACUAUUAAUAGGCUCAGGCACAGCAGGGCCAUGUAGCAGCACGACACUCAGAGUCCAGCUAGCUGUAGCUGUAGCCGAGGAAAAUCAAAGCUUGUUGCAGAGCAGGAGAAACAGGCCUAUUGCUGUACAUGCACCCUGUCAUUCAGCCAAACAUUUUCAGAUGUAAAUGGCGCUCAUCUUAAUAAAAUGCAGCAAGAUAUCCAUCCAAGAUUUUUUUUGCCUCCAGCUUGGAUACCAGCUCUGUUUAUGGCUUGUUGUGCCGUGGAAACCUAUUAAAGAGACCCACCCUCACUCAAAAAAAUUCCACCUCAUGCACAAGAUUCAAUACCUGACACUUACUUCUUUUUGUACCUGGGAGAGGAAUCCAGUCUUUCAGGAGCAAUGUCCUUUGUCAAGAGGAUAUUUUCACAGUGACUGCGCGAUGUCAAAUCCAGCCACUGAUCUGCUAAUGCUGCCUGUCAAUGCUAAUCUAUACUCUCUGUUUUGUCUCUUGUCACCAACAGAGCGGAGAAGACAGAAGUCCUCAGCGAUGACCUCCUACAGGUAAAUCAGUAAUCCCACCAUAGAGCUCUGAGUCUGAACACCUCCUAAUGCUGGAAUGGCUGCAUCUUUGAUCACCAAUCCUGUGAACCACACUUUUACUUUUACACCGCUUCAACUGUUAGCAAAAAGGAUGUCUUUCAUCUAGCUCCUAAUCUUGAUCAUGAUGAUGAGUGCAGAUUUGUCUGAUAUAAAAUCUAGAAACUGGUCAAAUAAUUAACCUGAAGCUAUGUAGUGCAUAAAUAUAAAUAAAAUGAGUUUUUUAAAUCAUUGUACAACCCUAGUUCCCAAACACUCAAAGAAAGCACAACUUUUCACACACCAGAUGACUGAAUAGAGCUCCUGUGACCCGUAAAACUACUGACUAACGUGACAAUUCAAGGCUGUAGCAGGUAAUUAAACAUUUUCAGUCAGUCCACUUUGCUUGUAGAUGUGUUAAUCAUUAAUAAAGCCCGGUUUACAUUUUAGUCGGAUUGAAACCUUCUCUGCUGCAUAUGAAUGCAUUGUUUUCCUGAGCAAUAAUCUGCAGCUUCUGCCACAGAAAACAUUGAUUUCCUGCUGCGGUACUGAGUCAUGCAAAAGUAAUACAGCCCACAUCUGUCACAUGAAGGCUGUUGUACUGUUUGUUCUCAGCAGGGCUGCAACCAACAAUUAUUUUCUCACUUUGUAGAACAUUUGUUGGUUGAGUUGUUUUGAUCAGUCCUGUAUCAGCAGUUUUGAAUUCUGGGAAAAUAAUCAGGUGAGAAAAGCGAGCAGGAUAUAAUGUAAUUGUAUGAUAUCCUGGGUAUUAAUCUAAAGAGGAUCUACUUAUCUCUACAUGCAGGUGUAGCUGAAGAUGUUGUCUACAUCGAGAAUUCCAGCUUAAGCAACAAGUUUUGUUGACAGAGUGUCACUAAGACCAAGUGGAGUCGAACUUUUAGAAUUCUUAAAAUGCUUCAGAUUGUCCAACCUCCAAACAACAAACAAGCUUAAAAAAGUUGUUUUCUUCCAAUUCUAACCCUAAAAAACUUUUUAAUUUUUGAAAAAUCUUUUACAAAUCACAACUCAGAGAUUAAAUCACCAAAAAUAUACUGUCUGUUCUGUGUAUUUCCUGAUACACAAUGAAGUGGGAAUCACCAGCAACAGCUGAAUGGGAAAGUAUGAAAAACAAGAGUUGACUGUGUUACACUGAAAUAGGGCAGGGCGAUAUGGCGUCAAAUCAAUAUCAUGAUAUAUUGAGCAGUUCACCUUGAUAACAAUAAAUGGAGGAUAACCACUCCACAAGCUGCUCACCCCCUCCCACAUGAACUUAAUCGACCUCAGCUGCCACUGCAGCCACAAUAACUUUUGAACCGUCCUCCAUCUCCUCACCUGUCUUUCCCUCUUUGCUACGGACUGGAUGGGGUGGAGUCACAUCUCUGACAUAGGACAGCGUCUUAAAGAGACAUGAGACCAUAGCCUACCUACACACAUCCAAAACCAACUUUUACUUAGUUAUUUUUUUGAACACCAAAUAUAUUGACGUGGGCAGAAUGAUGUAGGUUAUUGUUGUAAAUUUCUGUGUCAGUAAAUUUUCGGUUUAUCGCCCAGCCCUAACUGAAAAUAAUGUUUUAGUUUGAUGUGUCAACACUCACUAAAUCAGGAGGCCUUGUCUGUAACAGCUGAUAGGCUAGCUCCUUUGCCAAUUCUCAGGCUUCUUUCUCAACAAGGAGGCAAGAGAACAAGGAUCCUUGUGACUAAUGCACAUGCCAUUGACAGCAACCUCCUUGAAGCAAACUGAACAAUCCCUUUAACACUUGCUCCAUCUCUACAUUGACUUUUAUUAGUAAAACACUUUGACAGACUAGUUCCAAAGGCAGAACAAACUCCAAAGAGCUGCAUGGUGUGUUUUGUUUUGAUUUCUUCACAGACUUAGGAAAGACUGAUUGAAGUUUUAAAGACCAGCUGGAGUGUUUGCUGAGCCAAAAGUAUGCACAUCUUCCUGCCAACCAAACAGCAGCUGAUAUCACUUAAUGGAUCCUCCUCCCCUUGGUUGAAUGUUGCUUAUCAGCGAGUUCAGCUGGUGUGGAGCUUUAAGACCUGCAUAGUCAUGGGGCUUUUGCUGACACACUGAUUAUAAGCCAUUCCAUUAAGAGCUCAAAAAGCUGCACAGAGAUUACCAUGGGUGUAAACGCGUCUAUAUUAAAAUGGUUUGUCUGUAUUGCUUUGUGUGUGCGUGUGAAAGCUGCUGGUGCAAGGAUUUCCCGGGAGAAAACUCUCCUCAUCCUCUGAGUCCGUCUGAGGCAGACAGCAGGUGGGGCGGCAAGAUUCUGGCUGCUCAGCAAAGACAUUCCAGCGAGGAGGAUUGCCUUUGUGUUUCAGAGGGAGGUGUCAUAGAUGUGAAAACAAACUCAGCUGGCUCUGCGUCCUGAGAGCAGCCAGGACUACAAAGUCUUACACCCUUUCAUUCCUAUUAUUCCUUUCUCCCCACCCUCUUUUGUACGAGGUGCAUAAACAAACAACACCUUCCUGUCUCUCAGGAAUUAUGGAAAUUUUAUUGCUCUUUAUGAGCAGAAAUAUAUGAGCGUCAGCUCCAACCUUAGAGUUAGAUAUAGAGUUGAUAUGAGCAAACAGAAGCAACUGGUAGUGUGCUACAGGUACUUUUGAUGAGGUGAGGAUGUUUCAUUAUUUCAGACAAAUUUGACCUUCACUGCUGAUCAAAGACUCAAUUGUUCUGCCCUCCCCUAGAGAUCAGCUGUUAAGACUGUGAGCAGAGGUUGUUUAUAGGGACAUUUCUGUCCGAUAAAGGAGGGAAAUGAAACAUUUGACCAACCCUUUCAUUGUUUCGAUGGCCUAAAAACAAUAAUUCACAUUUUAUCCAUUGUGGAGCAUUUCUGUGGUCUUCAUGCAGCAGCUUCUAUUUACUUUUAGUUAAAAUAUAGAGGACUUACUUGAGCUUAGCAUUACACCCCUUAAAAUGCACGAUAUUUAAUGUUGUCUGGAAUGCAAUUGCAGUGAUUUUUGACUUCUUUGAACUGAUUUGAGAUGUUGGUAGCAGUACAAUAUAAGUAUAGCGUGAUACGAUACGAAAAAAACCAAUACACUUUAUUGUGUAUUGUUUUCAAAGUGCUGCACAUGCUUAACUGCACCCACAAUGUACAGUAUAUGUUUUGUUGAUGUGAAGUUGACCUACCAGGGUAAAAAGCACCAACUAAUUUCUCCAGUUAAUAUUGUAAAGUAACAAAACAUAAACCAGUUUCUUUCUCAUACCCACAAUGUAUUCCCAAAAGAGAAGGAAGAUAUUCAAUACAACACAAUACAAAUACUUUAUAUAUCCCCAAAGGGAAAUUUAUUUGUCGGAAUCUCCUGAUUUUUUUACUCUGGAAAGACGGGUAACAAACUGUGUGAAUCCAGUCAAGUGAGAGGAGAGGGUGACAUGGUUGAAGUCUCCUGGUAUUAUUACCUCAGUGCCUCAGGAUGUUGAGUCUUUAUCCUAGCAACAGUAUCAUGGAGAGUACAUAUAUACAAGUGUUGUUAUAUGACAUGACUGUUCUCUCUUGGAACAUAAUAUGACUUUAGAGCGACUGCCAACAGUUCAAUAUUUGGACAACACAACUUCUCCUUGACAGUUAUGUGUGAAGGGUUACACCAUCUCUGGUUGACAAAUAAAGCCAGACCCCCUCCUUUCUUCAUGCCACUAACUUGAGCAUCUCUGUCUGACCUUUAUGAGAGUGAAGCCAGGUAGAUCCACACUGGAGUCCGAGUUGUUUUGAUUCAACCAGGUUUCAGUAAAAACUCAGAGACUGCACUCAUGAUAUGCUUUCUCAGUCUUCACUAAUAUCUCCAGUUGACAUUUCCUAUGAUGACUGAUGUAAGAAAGGGCUUAUAUCUCCAUUUCCUGCCCUUCAAGUUUGGCUUCACCUUUACACCAGCACAGCAACCAUGAAAAACACCUCCAGAUGUUUGCUGCAAUUGGAUGUUGCUGUCCAGAUUUGCUCUGUCUCAAUGAAAGAAACUCUCCUCUUGAAUAAACUCUUCUUAGAGCAAAGAUAUCAAUCAGCAGCAGAUAAAAACAUGACAAAAAUUUGAAAAAAUGAGCAAAAAUUUCAGAGAGACCAGACUUUGCUGCUCCUUGGUUGAGCACAGGUUCUGGAUUGAGGAUUACUCAUCCAAGCCAAAAAUACAAGAAAUAAACAUAAAUGCAUAUUUAACACAUCUGUAUGGAAUGAAAAACCUGCCAGAUCAAAGGUUUACAAGAGUCCUUAAGAGUCCUUAGGGCCUGUACCACUUCUUCACUUUUAAGCGCAAUAUUCAGAUCUAGAUCUUUGAACCUCUCAUAUCAAUGUUUUUAAAAGUGAGUGUCACAUGUUGCUGACGAAAUCUAUUCUGCACUUUUGGUUUUGGAUCAUUAACAAGUCUCGUCGGCACACAGGACACCUGUUGUGAUAAUGUAAUGUUGUGUGCAAGAUUUUAAACAUUGAUUGUGUUGUGUGAAAUGUGCUGUCGAAAGAGCAGAAAAGAGGAACAUUUAGUGGGUGGGUACCACUGCAGGUAUAAAGAGAUGAAAGCUGUCAGUGUGGUAUGGGUGUAAAUCUUAAUAAAGUUAUGCAAAGUUAAGACAAUGCAAUCUAAUAUAAGAAACACAUGCUAUACAAAGUAAGGAUGCAGAUAUUAAGUAGCCUAAUAAUUGAACUGAUUACAUAACAGGUACAGCCCCAUGUUGUGGGAACCACCGAGGCCAUGGUCAUUCCUUUCAUCGAAAUGAUUUAACUUAACCUCUACUCUAGUCUGCCAAAGUAAUCUGUGAACUAAACACCUCUGUGUUUGUCCCCCCACAACUCCCUAUGAUUGAUCUCAUUCAAAGUAUGAGCUGGUAUUCUCGACCCCCUCCUUAUCUCGUGAGCUUUUUUUAACAUAGACCUUAAGGAUGCCUCAGAGCCACCCAGCAUUCUUGUGCCAGCUGUCCAUUCCUUGCUGCUCCUCAUCAUAGCUGACAAUCCUUUGCAUAGCUCCUGGAAAGUAAUCCUGAAAUACCAGGAUGCCUACUUGCACACACUCAUUUAGUUGUGUUUACAGCCGAGGGAAUUUUAUUAGGUAGCAACCAGCUGUCUUAAACACCUAUGUCAUGUUUCCCUAAUACUAACAAAGACUAGCUUGUUUGCCAUUGACUUUGACGCCCCUGCUUUAAUGCGUCAUGUAAGUUAUUUUUGUCCAAUUUCGACAUGUCCAGACAUGUUCACAUCCUUUCUCUAAGGAACCGAUAAACAAACACCUAGACAGACAUCCUCUCUGUCUGUAUGUCCUGCUCAGUCUUGGGAUUCCCUGCUCGAUGACGAGUCAUUAUGGGAUUGAGCAUAUGUUGACCUCAUCACACAGCAGGAAAACCUUCCCAGAUUCUUCCUCUAAAUGUCAACUUUGCUCUAUUUUGUCAAGGUCCUCCCGUUCCUUCACAUAAUUCAUUCGCUGACCAUAUUUCAUCGUGCGUGCAAACCCAUCCUGUUACAAUUAGAGGAAAAGAAGUACUCCCUGUGCCAUGUAACCCAAACAUUUCCAAUACACCCACGCAAAAACAGGGAGGGGAAUCCCUGACUUGUUUAGCAUGAGGCACUGACUGAGUCUGAGAAACGUUCCCAAGCAAAGCGUUUAUAUGUCUGAGUGUGCUUUUGAUAAGUUUGUAUUUGAGCCAGCUGUUCGGGGAAUGCCGGGGGCCACCACGGGUCGGGAAUGACGUAAGAGCGAGAGAACAGAGGCAGAGAGCACGAGGGCGGAUAUCUGCUGUGGAAUUCCUGAGUUCCGACUCCGUUCUGUUUUUGGAACACAAUUGUCUGGUAUUUAGUUGAUCCUCCCUCUUCAUUUGUCUGCCUCUAUUUCCACUCACUUCACCCCCUAGACCUCAGAGAUCCCAUUUAUUUUUGGCAUAUUGUUUGUGCCAGGACCAAGACACCCGCUUUUCCUCAGAACCUUAAAAAAAAAAAAAAAAAAUGAUGAAGACACACCUUGUCUGUUUGGAAUUUGUUCAAUCCGCUGUUGACUUUCUCAUGAGUGGUGCCAACAUAAACCAGUUUUUUUUUGCAUCAUGGUCCCUUACAGCACACUUGAACUGUAACUCGCAAUGAUCAGC